AGCAGUUUAUGGGGUGGAGAGAGCUAGCUAAUGGGAUGGGAGACAUUUGCUGGGCGGUCUGAACUGUGUGGAUUAAUAACUGAUUCUGCUCAGUGCUAGAGUUCUAGAUCCGGUGGAGCUGCAGGAGUACGGUAAGCAUUCUAAUUUGUUUCACUGUUAUAGCGUUCUAUAUAUAUAGGUAAUAUCUUAUUGUACAGUAUUUUAGUCAAGAUAAAGAAUUUUAAAUUCCAGGCCUUCUUGACCGUUUAUGUACAGUGUUUACAACAGCUUCCAGCAUAGAAAAUGGGCUACUGUUACAUGAUUUAACUCCUAAAUGUCCAUAUUAACCUCUCAUACCAACCAUGGUCACCACAUACUCUAUUACCCUUCCCAUACAGCACAUUGCCCCUCAUGUCCACCUUUGCAGUCUUAUCUCUUAUUGAACUUAUUCAGUGCAGUCACCCUUCAUACUCCGCACUGUGCAGUCCUCACAUUAAAACCUUUUCAUGUAACCAUUUAUUUCCCAACACCCUCCCAGCUGUUUCCUAUCACAAACUGUAUUCAUCCUUUCUUGCUCUGUUCAGACCGAGCUUCCACUGAAGUAAUUCAAUUUCCACCCCCUUUACAGUAACUCUUUCUAUGCUGCCAUUUACAUCUUAGUCCCUAUCACAGCUUUAACCCCAUCCUGUGCAGCCAAUCCAUUAAUCAAAACUGUUCAUUCCCAUAUACAACUUUACCAUGCAGCCAGCUACCCCCAUGACUGCUCUGCACAUUACCACCAUGAUGUUAACCCCAUGCUAUUGAUAACGACUAAAAGUACCUUAGGUGUCCAAAGGACCCAGGUAAAUUUCAAACCAAUAAAAAAACAAACAAAAAAAACCAAUUUAUAUUUUUGACUGUUUUAUGGCACUGGGAGACUCCUGGCACCAUAAAUAUUACUGCGGGCUGUAGUGGUUAUGGUGACUAGACUACCCUAUAUACAUACCUCACAAGUGUUCCUGUAGCCCAUGGAUCAGCGCAGCUAAGAGGAAUAGGCCUUGACAGAGCCAGGAGGUAGGCAUAGCAGCCACAGGAAUUUAGUGACAGCUAGCAUGCUGGGUAGGGCGGAGCCAUAAGGGGAGUAUUUAUACCAGCCAUUAUGUGAAGUGGCCAUUUUAACUGAACCUAAGCUUACCUGUCAGUUGUCCCUCCCACCCUCCCUGUAUUUGGUUAGGUUAGUUGAUUUCCCGUUUUUUCACAGCGGCGGGGAAUGGCCUGGUUAAAUCGGAGGGUAGAUGGAGGAGAAAGUGGGCAUCCUGAGGUUUAGUGUGGAUUGGGCAGUGUUGCACGUGGUUGGUAGGUUCGAGCCCGUCGGUGGCUCCGAACCUGGGGGUGUGGUGGUGUCUUGGUACACCCUACACUGGAACUGGUGGGUAGCGGUGUCUUGGUACACCCCUACAAUGGAUAUGGUGGGUAGCGGUGUCUUGGUACACCCCUACAAUGGAUAUGGUGGGUAGCGGUGUCUCGGUACACCCCUACAAUUUAACCUGGUGGAAAUGUGGUCAAAUUGGACGGCCAGUUUCUGUGUUAACAUGUUAUUUAUAUUGUUAUCUAUUGUUAUUAUUGUGGGGUCAUUGCUAGGGGUAUGUUAUGUAUAUGGGGAGGUUAACAUUAUUAAGAUUUGUUGGCAAUGACCCCAUUUGUUAUUCCUUAAUUAUUUAUUAAUAAUUUAAUAAAGCUGUGGACAAAUUAUUUCCAACAGUAUAACCUGUGUCCGUGUUUUAAUGGGGGUUGGGGUAAGGUUAGCGCAUAUGCCGGCAAAUCCGACUGUGCGCCUGUCAUGUUUAAUUAGGUGGUCUGGGUGCCUGGUCCAGCUUGGUUUAACCAUUUUUUCUAUAAACAUAGCAGUUUCAGAGAAAUUUAUAAAUGGGUUUAUAAAUGGGUUAAUCCAGCCUCUAGUGGCUGUCUCAUUGACAGCCGCUAGAGGGCUUCCGCGCUUCUCACUGUGAUUUUCACAGUGAGAAGACGCCAGCGUCCAUAGGAAAGCAUUGUAAAUGCUUUCCUAUGAACUGGCUGAAUGCGCGCGCGGCUCCUGCCGGAGGGAGGGGGACCCUGAGGGUGGGGGCACCCUCAGGGCACUAUAGUGUUAGGAAAACAAUGUAUGUUUUCCUGGCACUAUAAUAGUCCUUUAAUAAGAUACAUUGUUCUUGUUUUGAAUUAUGUUUUAGCUCAGAUCUGGCCAAAAUUUAGGGUCCGAGACCUACUUUUGAAAAUAGUAAUUUUUUGCGACCCACUUGCUUGUAAUUCAUGUGACACAUCAUGGAAAUAUCAGCUUUAGAUGAAUAAACUUGGCACAUCAUCGGAACUAAUGUACAGAGGUAUCUGUUGCAAGAAAGUUUUCUGAAAAGGUAGAUCCCCAUCUGUCUUACAAUUCCAAUGAUACUAUGCCAACUGUGGAUUUGCCCAUCCUAGCAGGGUUAUAUUUGUGAGCAGUGUUUGAGCGUUUUUCAAUGUAAGCAUGUUUUUAUAUGAAGUAUAUGUGUGCAUGUAGGGGUGUAUUUGUAUGUACUGUUGCGAUUGGAAUGUAGUGGUGUACUUGUGUGUAGUGUUUGCGGAUGAAUGCAGGUGUGUGUUUGUAGUGUUGACUUUUAAUUUUUUUACAUUUUGUGUGUAGUGUUAAUGUUAGAAUGAAGAGGUGUGUUUGUAUAUAAUUUUAGUGUUUUAAUACAGGGGUGUGUUUGUAUGUAAUGUUUGCGUUUAUUGCGGGGAUGUGUUUGGAUGUAAUGUUGGCUUUUAAACGUGAAUGUAGAUUUGUGUGUAGUAUUGGUGUUUGAGUAAAGGUGUGUGUUUGUAUAUAAUUUGGGAGUUUGAAUGCAGGGGUGUGUUUGGAUUGCAGGAGUGUGUUUGCAUCCUGUGUUGGUGUUUAACUGCUUGGAUGUAUGCGCAUAAACACAUACACUGUAACAUACAUACAUAGCUACACUGAUAUACAUACACAUUAAAACACACAAAUUCAUAUACACAAUGAGAUACACACACACACACACUGACACACAGUUAUAUACAUUGACAUAUACACACAGAUGCACACACACAUACGCAGGUACAUAUCCUGACACACAGAUGCACACACAUCCUGACACAUGCACACUCCCUGAUGUGUAAACAGAUACACAAGUGCACAUUUUGGCACACAGAUGCACACAACCUGACACCUUGAUGCACAGACACACACUGACAUACACACACUCACCUUGACAGAGGCACACACUGUUAUAUACACACAUCUUGACACAUACACAUACACACACAAUAUGACAUACAUUGACACAUACACACAUAAAUGUAAUAAUUUGUAUAUUUGCAGCCACCCUCCUCUUGGCAUACCUUUUGUGUCCAGGAGGGUGGCAUGCUUAGAGUCCUGCUGGCUAAGAUCGAUUGAAGUGGGUGCAGGGGUUUGUAGCCGCCCACCCCAGGUUGUCCUCCCCCUGCUCCUCCUUCCAGCGCGCCACUCUCUUAUGAAGCGGGGAGGAAGUGACAGGCUGUGAUAGGGCCCCACAAAUGUGUUAUGUAUGCAUGAGUCACCCAUCCAAAGUUAGCUGGUCACACACCAGUGGGUCACGACCCACACUUUGGGAAACCCUGUUUAAGAUGCAUAAACGGGUAAUAAGUCACUGAAAACUUAAAUGACCGCUUGGGUGUGUGUCAGUGUGAGCUUGUCUAUAGUGAGCUUGUGUGUGUCAGUGUGAGCUUGUCCAUAGUGAGCUUGAGUGUGUGAGUGCAUAAGUGAAAUUGAUUGAGUGAACCUGUGUAGUCAGCUUGUGUGUGUCAGAGCUGGUUGUGUAUGUGUGUUUGUGCCAAUGAGAUUGCAGUGCCACUGCUCCCCCCUCCAGGUCAUACUGUCUGAGAGAGAGAGAGUGUGUGUAUGUUUGACUGUCUGCCUGUAAGUGUGUGCCUUCUUGUACCUGUGUACCUGUGUUUGUGUGACUGUGUGUGAGUGGCUGGGACUGUGUGCAUGUUGCUGUAUAUGACAGUAUAUGUGUAUUACUGUGUGCAUCUGACUGAGGGACUGCAAAAAUAGCCAUCUGCAUUCAUACAUGGACCUACAUGCAUUUUUAUUUUUAAAUCUGAAUUAAAUAACCAUCACAAAUAGUACACACAGUUAGAACCAUGAGUAACUCAAUGUGAGCAUAAUCUUUUGAAUAUUACGUUUUUUUUUAUUAUUAUUAUUAUAAGGGGUUAGUAGUAGUUAAAUCGGUUUGCUAGUAAAACUGAUUUAUCGUGUAACGAAAUGAUGCAUGUCUAAAAAGUGUUUCUCCAACAUGGAAAGUUUGAAAAGCACUGCCCUAUCCUAAAAAAAAAUCAGUGUACUUAAAUGAAAAGCAAACUACAAGGUUAAGGCCAAAAUAGCAGAUUUGUAUAAAUCCUCCAGUUCAAGGUUGACAGUCUCAGUAUGGCUAGAAAUGCCUUGAACUUAGCAAUUUUGUGUUUUUUGUUUUGUUUUUUAGUUCGCUACAAGCAAAUGUUAAGUGAGAAAAACUCUUUUUCUAUGCCAGCUUCAUUUGCAUCUCUCCUUCAGUGUGACCCCAUUGGUCUCUGCUGUUAUGCCACCCCUCCUGUGGGUCUUCUUCUAGGCCACCCCAUCAGUGUCUCUUUUUAUGCCACCACUUUAGUAUCUUUCUAUUUAUGCCAUGUGUGUCUCUCCUAUGCCAGCCUCAUGGAGAGUUCCGUCCUUGCCACACCAUCUGUGUUUCUUCUUCUAGGCUAGCCAAUCAGCAGCUCUCCUUCUAUGCCAGCUCAAUCUGCGUCUCACCAUCUAUGCCACCUUAUCUGUGUCUCUCCUUGUUAAGGAAAUUUACCUGGACAGUGACCAGAGGAGUCCUUUGUAGGAUUUGUGAUUGAACAGUCCGGCUCUGAUCAAAUUAGUGAGUUAUACUCAAAGUAAUGGCUGUAAGAAUGGAUUUUAAGAUUGAUACGGGAGUGGACAUUACAUGUAAUUUCUCGUGCAAUGUUCAUGAAACUGCUACGUUGCUAUCACAACUUGAUAGCUAUCACAACUUGAGGGCAUUACGAUAAAAGUUCACUGCCCUACAGCUCACAUUACUCUGUGGGUAUAAGUAAUCAAAGGACUGUGUGUUAAUAACCUUUUGAGAUGGAACCCAGCUUGCAGUCUGGGCUCUGUUGCGAGAGUGCAUGAGGUCAUAGAGGAUACGUUUGGAGAUCUUGGCCUGUUGAAUUGUGUGUCGGCCCAAAGAUUAAGACUGAUGCAAUCCCAUACAGUAUCGCUACACCUCGUAGAAUUCCAUUCCCACUUAUGCCACAGAUUGAAGCGGAACUUAUAGGAAUGAAAUGCAUGAAUAUUGUUAAGGAAUUCAUUAAAACAACUGACUGGUGUGCUCCCAUUGUGCCUGAUGCUAAGAAAAAUGGGAAAGUUCACAUUUGUGUGGAUGUAAAAUGCUUGAAUGAGGCUGUGAAGAUGGAGAGAUAUGUGCUGCCGACAUUGGAAGAUAUAGCUCCAAGGUUGUCAAGGGCAAAAUUAUUUUCCAAGUUUGGUGUUGCCAGCAGAUUCUGUCAGAUACCGAUUUAACAUUAUUACACUGGUAGGUCGGUUUUGUUUCUGCAGACUGCCCUUCGGAAAGUGUCUUCUUCCCCUGAGAUCUUCAAAAAGGAGAUGAGUUCCCUCCUGAGAGAUCAUGAGGGCACUGUAGUAGUCAUGAUCAGCGGCUGCAUCAUGUACUGCACACAGUAAGAGAUUCUGGACUGAAGCUGAACAAAGAGAUGUCAUGAACUGUGCUGCUUUGGUCAUAUUAUUAGAGAUGGUAUUAUAGUUCUCACUAUUGAGAAAAUGAAAAAAAUCUUGUGAAUUAUGUUUCUACCAGAAUUGUUGAAGAAGAAUGUUGCUUGAAUCAGGGGAUCUCCAAAGGAAGAGACCUUUGCAGGUCAAGUCAAUGUUGGGGUCUGUUCCUCUCUUAGGCUUCUAUGACUAUUCUAUAAAGAAAGUGCCCCCAAGCAGGGCAAAUCAAUUCUGACUAAGGGCAGAUCAUUGGGGCGAAGCUGAGGUGGGUGCCAUAGCAGAUUAACAGCCAGGUGCGCUGGGUUAGAUGUAUGAUGACUGAAAAUCUCAAAACUUUACAUUGAAUACAUCAUGUAUCUCUGUGAUAUAUCAUAAUAAUAACGGUGUUUAACUAGGUAAGGUAUAUUUUGAUAUUCUCUGGCUUCCAAGUACGUCCUGGGUAUGUUACUUUUGACCAACAUCCAGGGGAUGUUGCUAUUACCCAAUUUAAUGGUAUUCGUUUUAUCUACCUUCGGAAGGAUGGAAGGCUGAGUCAACCCUGCCGGGUAUUGAACCUACUAUCCCCAAGGCUUGAGCAGAAUCUACUGAUCAUGUGUUCAAUACAUUUGGGGGAGAUUCAUGUUAAAGUGAAUCCGUCAUGAUAUGUUCACCUUAAAAAGAAGAAUUAUUAACAAAAAUGUAUUAAUAUACCUUUUAUUUAUUGAUAAUUAACAUGAAUCACUGUUUAUAAUGUGAUUCAUAACACUCUAUUGAGGUAGUUGAAGGGAUAAUUACUGGAGGAAAUACAUACACAUCAAGACUUACUCACACUGCUAGCAUACUCUUGGAGAUGGAUAAAUCAAUCCAGAAAUAUACAUCUGAAGUCACAAAGCAAAGUAAUGCGAGCAUAUAACAUUCACGUGAUAAGUCACAAGCUCGGAAUUAGAGUAAGAGUCUGGAGCUAACAUAAUAACAUAAUACUUAGAUGAUACAUACACAUUACCCCAUGUGCACACUUUCACACACAUUUUCAUUUCCUAUUUAUGAAUCUGUCCUUUACUGAUCUAUUUCUGUUGAAAACAUAAGACAAAGUAGGGUAUACUUUGUCUUCUGUAUUUUUCCUACGAUGGACAAAUCCUGACCAAGGGUGAAGCUUAGGGCAAGCUCCACCUACUUUGUCAAGCAUAAUUUCCCCACAAUUCUCACCUUUACAUCAAACCGAUAAUCUGUAAUUUCACAAGCUAACCUCUUCUUUCCCUAGCACAUGGGAGUGGGCAUGCGUGAGAUUAGCGAGGUGGAGAAAUGAAAGGCAGAUGGCAGCAGACAGGAAGAAGAUCCUGCCCUAAAAACUAGAGGGAGGAGGGGUUAGAGGUAAGAACAGAGACCUACACAAAAAAAUAUGCUUGGGGGAAAUAGGAACUAGAGGAAUAGAUUUUGGGGGCAAAAAAAAAUUCCCAUGACAGAACGUUUUAAAGUUUUUCCUUACCAACAGCUGCCUAGACCCCUUACUGGGUUGGCAAGAGGUUUGUGUCACGGUUCACGCCGUGACAUCCAGUCUGCCAGACGUGGUUGCUCCGGAAGCACCCAAUAGGGGAUUUGAACUGUGGUUCUUCUGGAACGUAUCCUGCUAUUUUCCCUCUGAGCCAUUUCAGGACUUUGGAUAACUGCUGGACUCCCUAUCAGGUAAGACUCCGUUACAGAUGAACUGACCAAUGGAGUCCGCAGAGUUAUACAAAUUACUCACCUCCCUGGCCGAGCAAGUCUCCAACCUGUCCCAAAAUGUUACAGAAUUGCAGAGACAUUCAUUGGCAUUUAAAGGAGCAACGCUUCCAGUCCCGGAACAUGUAUGCCCAGAACCGUAUGUCUUUAUGCCUGACAGGUUCGACGGUUCCCGUUCUACUUUUCCGAUGUUCAAGACGGAUUGUGAGCUACUAUUUGCCCUGAAAUCGAGAACCUACGCCACCGACUUCAUCAAAGUACGCUCCGCUAUUAACCUAUGUACCGGGCGGAUUAAGGCGUGGGCACACCAGAAGUUGCAGGAGAGAAGUACUGUCUUGGACUCCUGGGAGUUGUUUAUGUCCGCAAUGGAUUCUCAGUGUUUUGCAGCGAGAAAAGCAACUUCCAAGCCUACUUCAGGUUCUCGCAGAACCCGGUUGCCUAGAGAAGAGGAAUUGUUUUAUGGAUACAAAAAUCCCAUCAUGUUGAAGCAUGAACCCACUUUCAGGGACCCGCCUUGUAACCCUGUUUACACUCGAGCUAGCAGUGAAACUCCAGUCGACAUGGAGGAACCCAUGGAGAUUGGCUUCACCAGAACUAGAUUGCCCCCAAAGGAAAAAGAUCGCAGGAGAGUCCAUGGUCUAUGUCUAUACUGUGGGAAAAGAGGGCAUUUCAUAUCGCUCUGCCCGACUCGUCCACCUAGGCCAAGACCCCUUCUGUCUGGUGCCAUAUGGGCUUACCCUGUCAUCCCAGCAAGACAGCCUGGACACUGCCAUCCCUGUCCCCGUCCUGGUACACAAAAGGGUACCCAAACCAAUACCGUUAAUGUUACUAGUACCUCUGUGGAAACUUCACCUCUUGCUCUAGAAAUAUUUGGACCUCUUCCUGAUAACACUUCUGUUCAAACAAGCACCAUCACCACUUCCUGCCAUGCCAAAACAGUUCUGCCACCUGACUGCACCUUUGCCUCAAAUGGCACAGUAGUGUGCAAACAGGAUCUAGAAGUAUUCGAAAAAGCUUUGAAAGCUGCAAAUGCCUCCCCUAUAGCACCCGAAACUUGUACCAUAAAAUCCCAGGUCGUAAAAGGAUACCUUAAUUAUAAAGACUAUCUUAGUGAUACUGAUACCGAAGAUGAGGAGUACCAUUUCCAGGAAGAGCCUGUUCACGCCCGGAGGGCGUUCUUGACAGGGGGGUACUGUCACGGUUCACGCCGUGACAUCCAGUCUGCCAGACGUGGUCGCUCCGGAAGCACCUGAUAGGGGAUUUGAACUGUGGUUCUUCUGGACCGUAUCCUGCUAUUUUCCCUCUGAGCCAUUUCAGGACUUUGGAUAACUCCUGUUUAUUCUUGUAUUGCCUGCAGCACCAGGGAGCUGGACUUCCUAUCAGGUAAGACUCCGUUACAGUUUGAGAAUUUACCCAGUUUGCAACUGCUCCCCUUCUCUCUCUAUGCGCAGUGUCAGAAUGUGACGGUUAUAAUGCUGGGUGAUGUAUCCUGGCAGCCGUCAAUGUGGCACAGUUGGCUCCCCAUCACUGGUGGCUCCACUAUACGGCUGUUCAAAUUUAGUUUUUAAAGGUUUCACGGGUAGCAGACUCAAUUGGCCAUCUUGGACAUCUCCUUAUUAUCCAGUAGGUCAAUCCAACCCUGCUGACUGAACAUCAUGAGAUGCCUCAAAUAAAAAAGCAAUGUUUGCACUUGUGUAUGAUUGAUAAAAUGCUUGAUAGGAAUGCAAGGUAAACUCUCUUGUGUCGAGAGCACAUCAACCUAGUCACACCUCACUCCAGUGCACCCAUAUCCCUCCCUUGAUACUCUGCUUCAAACCAUCGAAAGUGUUGAGGGAUAGUGUGCCUACCAAUCUACAAUAAUUACAUUGAAUAACUGGCCCCAGAGAACAAGUUAAUAAUGCAGGGCAAACAAUCAAGAAGGUAAAUUUUGUAGAUUGGAAGGCAGGAACAAGUUUUAACAAUGUAACAUACUGGCAUAUAAGAGUUAACUUGUUGGUUUAGUAAAUGUGAACGCAGGGAAAGGGUUAACUUCACAUAGCACAUAAAUGAGAGUUAGAAUUAAAGGACCACUAUAGGCACCCAGACCACUUCAGCUCAGUGAAGUGGUCUGGGUGCCAGGUCCCCCUAGUUUUAACCCUGCAGAUGAAAACAUAACAGUUUCAGAGAAACUGCUAUGUUUACGCUGCUGGGUUAAUCCAGCCUCUAGUGGCUGUUUCCCUGACAGCCACUAGAGGCCUCUUCCGCGAUUUACACAGAGUAAAUCGCACUUAUUUGAUGCUGGACGUCCUCACGGAGUCCAGUGUCAAAAAAGAUCCCCAUAGGAAAGCAUUGAAUGCUUUCCUAUGGGCUGGUUUGAAUGCGUGCCUGCGUGCCACUCAGUGCCGAGGGAGCCCAGCGCUGGAUUAAGGUAAGCAAAUAAAUUGUUAAUUAACCAUUUAACCGCCGCGAAACGGGGCCCUAGUCACCUAAACGGAACUAUAGUAUUCCUUUAAUGUUUUGGUUGAACUGCCUGUGCGCUUUGUAUGUGAAUUUGUUGCUGCCUGGUUUACUGCAAGAUUGCAUAAACAUCCAAUGGAAUGUUUCUGCUGCUUCAACUAAUUUCCACUGUGAUUGCCCCUAUUCUAGUAAUUAAACCACUUAUUAGAGCAAAACAUUGACUGUAUUCGGAAUAAAAAACACUAACAUACUAUAUAUAUAUAUGUGUGUGUAAAAAACAGAUACAAUUCUUCUUGUAAUACCUUAUUUAUUGGACUAACAGAAUUUUUUAAUGACAAGCUUUCGGGAGAACCUCCCUUUCUCAAGUCUGAAGCAUUUCUGAGCAAAACGACACAUAGAAUUCAAAGUUGAGUUGUGAUACAGGGGUUAAAGCGACAUGAGUGUAGAUAAGACACAGGUUUGUUAGAAAAAAGAUACCAUCUUAGCAGAGGGUCAUAAAUAUCUUGUUGAAGAGCAGAGUGAGGGGGGAGAGAGGGAAAAGAAAAACAAACAAGCAGACAUUGCACAGGAUGGUACACUUUAUACAUGCACACACAUAAAUAUGUAUAUGUGAACGCAUAAACACAUGUACAUAUACAUAUACACAUAUACAUACAUGCACACAUGAACUCAUAUACACAAAUAUAAAUGCACAGUAAAUAUAUAAGCAUUCAUGCAUAUGAGUAUGGGAAAGCAUAGGUUUACACGUAGUACUUUGUAUAUAGAUAGAAUAAUAGGAUUAUCACAAACAUUUGGCAGAGAAAGAGAAAUGGCAAGAGAAAUCUGGUAUUGUUAACAUUUCGGAUUACAAACUAUCUGACCCAGAAGCAUCAGUUCUCUCCAAAGGAUUAUCAUUUUGCCCUAGCACAAAACUUGAUGACAUUGGGCUCUACUCUGACGUGGAAGAAUUUUUCAGAAGGAUGCGACUUAAGGAAUACUUCCAUGACAAAGAGAGCACUGAAACCACAAUGGAUUACAACAACCGGAAAAAAAACACAAAUUUCACUCCAGCACCAGGACGAAAUGCCAAACUGGACAGUUACAUUGAAAGUUUCCGUCUAAGAACAGUAUCCUUGACAACCAAGCAAAACCAAAAGAAAAUGUUUCAUAAUCUCUCAGUACAGGAACAAAUGGCUAUAAAUGACCUGAAAAAUAAUCAUGCUAUCACCAUCAAACCAGCAGACAAGGGAGGAGCAGUAGUGAUAAUGAACACCCAGGACUACAUAAAAGAGGGUGACAGGCAAUUGUCAGAUGACAAAUACUAUAGAAAACUAAAUGAAGACCCCACCAAGCAAUAUACAUCACAACUUAGGGAGCUCAUUAAGUCCUUCCCUGAGAACUUACACCUAGAACUGCAAUCACUCAUACCAACUAGUCCCUGCAUGGGCACCUUCUAUAUGCUUCCCAAAAUUCACAAAGCAGGUAAUCCUAGAAGACCCAUAAUCACAGGAAUGGGAACUCUCACAGAACAGAUCUCAGGACUGGUAGAAAAUACCCUAAAACCUCUAGUCACCAACACUAACAGCUUCAUAAAAGACACAACUGACUUCCUCAACAAACUCAGCCAAAUCACCAAUCUCCUUGCUAACACCAUCCUCGUAACCAUGGAUGUGGAAUCUCUAUACAGCAACAUUCCACAUACAGAUGGCAUCAAUGCUUGCUUCCAUUUUCUCUCUCAUGUCAACAACCAAAAAUACAGCGCCCGAAUUAUCACAGAACUGGCACUAUUUAUCCUCACACAUAACUACUUCAGUUUCAACAAGGAGGUUUACCUACAAACCAUGGGCACUACUAUGGGCACUAAGAUGGCACCCCAAUAUGCUAAUCUGUUUAUGGCAGAUCUUGAACAGAGAUUCCUAGAAAUACAACACACCAAACCAUACAAAUAUUAUCGCUAUAUCGAUGAUAUCUUCAUAAUUUGGACUGAAAGCGAAGAAAAACUGAAACAGUUCCAUGACUCUUUCAACCCAUUCCAUCCAUCAAUCACACUAAAAAUGGAAUAUUCCACUAGGUCUGUGAAUUUUCUGGACACCACUGUGACAUGUAAUAAUGGCACAAUCCACACCUCGGUUUACAGAAAACCCACAGACAGGUGCAGUUACCUACACAGCUCCAGCUUCCACCCCUCUCAUACUAAACAGGGCAUCAUCUACAGCCAAGCCACUAGGUACCAUCGCAUAUGCUCUGAUCCUAAUGACCGUAAUUCCCAUCUAAAUGUACUCUCCCAAUCUAUGAGACAGAAAGGCUACAAACCAAAGACUAUUACCAAACAAAUCAACUCUGCUGUAAAAAUGCCACGCACGCGCCUGCUACAGUACAGAGAGAAAAAAAUAUCCACACGAGUGCCACUUGUGGUCACCUACAACCCAGCUCUUGAGGAAAUACGGAAAAUCAUCAAAGACCUACAACCAAUAUUAACAGAAGAUGAGACUCUGAAAAACAUUUUCCCUGAAACACCCAUUUUGGCCUUCAGACAACCACCAAACCUCCAACAAAAAUUAAUCAACAGGAGGCUGCCCACUGAUGUUAAGAAUGAAGAAAACGGGACCAGUAAAUGCAAAAAACCUCGCUGCAAACUGUGUCAGCACAUAUGCACAGACAACACAGCCACACACAACAAUAAAACCUACAGCAUUAAAGGUUCAUACUCCUGCACAUCCAGCAAUGUGGUAUACAUGAUUCAAUGCAUAAAAUGCCACCUAGGAUGCUACAUUGGGGAAACCACCUAGCCAUUAAAUGGCAGAAUGAAUAUGCACAGACACUCUAUUAAACACCACAAAGAAGAAUCAUACUGCACUCCUGUGGGACACCACUUUACCCAGCCUGGCCACUCACUGAAGGACCUAAAAAUCAAAGUACUGAAAGGGGGUUUUAAAAAUACCCAGGAAAGAAAAGCCUUUGAAGCCAGAAUGAUUAAAUGGUUUAUUCUAUCUAUAUACAAAGUACUACGUGUAAACCUAUGCUUUCCCAUACUCAUAUGCAUGAAUGCUUAUAUAUUUACUGUGCAUUUAUAUUUGUGUAUAUGAGUUCAUGUGUGCAUGUAUGUAUAUGUGUAUAUGUAUAUGUACAUGUGUUUAUGCGUUCACAUAUACAUAUUUAUGUGUGUGCAUGUAUAAAGUGUACCAUCCUGUGCAAUGUCUGCUUGUUUGUUUUUCUUUUCCCUCUCUCCCCCCUCACUCUGCUCUUCAACAAGAUAUUUAUGACCCUCUGCUAAGAUGGUAUCUUUUUUCUAACAAACCUGUGUCUUAUCUACACUCAUGUCGCUUUAACCCCUGUAUCACAACUCAACUUUGAAUUCUAUGUGUCAUUUUGCUCAGAAAUGCUUCAGACUUGAGAAAGGGAGGUUCUCCCGAAAGCUUGUCAUUAAAAAAUUCUGUUAGUCCAAUAAAUAAGGUAUUUCAAGAAGAAUUUUAUCUGUUUUUUACAUCUACAUCACUGGACUAAUACGGCUACAAUCUCUCUCUCUCUCUCUCUCUCUCUCUCUCUAAUUUUAUUUUUUUUUCUCCUAACUAAGAGGGACAGUUCCUAUUUUUGGUCCAAUUGAAUCCAAUUUCCCUCUUUUCUAUGAGCUCCAUAUUGUUGUGUCUGAGUGUAUAACAGAGCUUUACAGCAAUAAUACUCCCAGUAAUGUGUCUUUAAACUACAAUAAAUGUGUUUAGAAAUCAUUCAGUGUAAAUCAGAUACAUUGUUCUUGUUCUAAAUUACAUUUUAAUUGUAUACAUUUUUAUUAGUUAGGAAUCUAAAAAUUCUCAGAACAUCCCUGCCCCUGGACCCCUCUCACAUCCCUAAAAUUACUGUAUUCCUCUUUUUCAGUGCCAGAGAUCAUUAUGUACUAGGGAGCCAGCCAUAAUCUGGGGGCAUUGGGAGGGUUUACACUAGAGCAGCAACAACUAAUCAGUAAUUAGAUUUGUUGACAAUGGUUUUCAUAAUCAAAUAUUGAUUUUUAACGAUUAGCUAUUGCAGCUCUACUUUAGCAACAACUAUGUACUUUAUAAAACUUCAUUGUAUAAGGUACAUAGGAAGUAAACAGGAAAAAACACUGUAAGGUGGAAUUCUGUUUAUUAUAUGAGGGAUUAUUAUUAUUAUUAUUGCCAUUUAUAUAGCGCCAACAGCUUCCGUAGCGCUUUACAAUAUUUUGAGAGGGGGGAUGUAACAAUAAAUAGGACAAUUACAAGAAAACUUACAGGAACAAUAGGUUGAAGAGGACCCUGCACAAACGAGCUUACAGACUAUAGGAGGUAGGGUAUUCGAAACAUUAGGACAUGGAAUAUCAAGUAGGAGUGAAGCAGAGCUGGAGGAGAGAGCAAUGCACUGUCCCAUAGGAGAGAGCAGGAGACAGGUAUGUAAGGUAGAGAUUACUCUGGGAGGCCAUAAGCUUUCCUGAAGAGAUGGGUUUUAAGGCCCUUCUUAAAUGAUUGAAGACUAGGGGAGAGUCUGAUGGCAGUAGGCAAGCUAUUCCAUAGGAGAGGAGCCGCCCGCGAGAGGUCCUGCAAGCGCGAGUUGGCCGUACGGGUGCGAGCAGCGGUCAGGAGGUGGUCACGGGCAGAGCGGAGGGUACGAGGAGGGGCAUAUCUAUGGAUUAGUGAAGAGAUAUAAGUGGGGCUAGAAUUUUUCAGUGCUUUAAAUGUAUGGGUUAGCACUUUGAAUUGACGCCUAUAGCAUACAGGUGUCAGGGUACCUGUUGGUGAUGUAUCCAGGGAGGACAUCCUCUCUGCUUAGGGGCUCCCUUCCCCUAGCAUUUCGGCAUAUUUCGGCCGUUUUCGCGCCGGCCGCGCUAGCUCCUCCCCCUUUUAUGACGCGACGGCUAGCGUCGACGUCAUGACGUCGGCAUUUGCAUAAAGUGCCGGGAACCGCUAUUCCGGACCUUUUGGGGGCGUGGUCUCUAUUUAGGUAACAGGGUAUUUAAAGGAAACCUUUACUACUGCUCAUUGCCCUGUCGUGGUUCUAGCUUGCUAGUCACUCAGCGCGUUCUUUAUCUAGUGUUUCCGGUUUUGACCCUUGCUUGCCUUUUGUCCUGUUGUCCUCUCCUCUCCUUUGACUCGGCUUGUAUCUCGCUUACCUGUCCUCCGGCUCCCUUGACCUCGGCUUACCUUUUGACUAUUCUUGCUUUGUCCUUACGUUAGUCCGGCCAUUCUAAGGUCCGGUAUACGUACCUCCUUCUGUGCGCACUCUGCGUAUUGGAUCCCUGUCAGUUUCCUGACAUUACGACAGGGCCAUGAUGGAUCCUGCAGGUGCUAGUCCUCCUGACCCCAGAUUUGAGGCCAUGGACCAUAGAAUGGACCAAAUGGCUUUAGCGUUACAAACUUUGUUGACACGCUCCAGUACCCAGUCUGAAGAAAUACGUUCCACUGCUAGCCACUCGCUAAGUACUGGUUUGGAAGUAGCCACUGUAGGCGCAUCUUCCCAUGUCACGUCACCAUUACGAUAUGGGGGUUCGCCUGAUGCUUGUCGUGGUUUUUUAAACCAGAUAAGUAUACAUUUCGAACUACAACCCCGGGCUUACCCCACUGACAGGGCUAAGGUAGGCUUUAUUAUAACCCUGCUAAUAGAUAAAGCACUUAGAUGGGCCAAUCCCCUUUGGGAGAAUGACAAUCCUUUAGUCUACAACUACACUGCGUUUGUCACGGCUUUUAGAAGAACCUUUGACCCCCCAGGGAGGAAGAUUAAUGCGGCCAGAUCCCUGUUACGCCUUAAACAACAAGAUAGGACCCUUGUAGAAUAUGCUCUAGAGUUUAGAUCAUUGGCAGCAGAAGUGAAAUGGAACGAACAAGCUUUUAUGGAUGUUUUCUUGAAUGGGUUGUCUGAUGAAAUUCUAGAUGAAAUUGCCACUAGAGAACUUCCGGAAAAUUUAGAGGAUUUAGUAUCCUUCAUUUCCAGAAUAGAUGAACGCAUGAGACAGAGGCAGAACACUCGGGAAAGAGUUACUAGACUUCCUGUAAGACUCGCUCCCUCAUUUCAGAACCCUGACUCCUAUAAUCCUACUCUACCAGAACCUAUGCAAAUAGGUAAUACUCGCUUAUCUGAGGCUGAGAGACAGUACAGAAGAAGGGAGGGUCUCUGUUUAUACUGCGGGCUGAGAGGUCACCUACGUCUUAGUUGCCCUAAUCGUCCGGGAAACGCUCGCACCUAAGUUCCCUUAGAGGACGGGCCUUGGGUGUUUCAUUACUGUCCUCUAUGCAUAAUAAAAAAGACCAUAGGCUUCUGAUUCCUGUCUCUCUAGCUUGGGAAAAGGGGUUUAUUACUACGAUGGCAUUAUUAGAUUCUGGAGCAGCAGAAAGCUUUAUAGACCAAACUUUCGCUAAUAUGCAUUGUAUCCCAUUCCAAUUGAGAGAUACACCCUUGGCCGUUGAGGCCAUAGAUGGUAGACCUUUAUCUGAACCAGUAAUAUUCCAUGAGACCGAACCCGUUAAGCUUACUGUUGGUAUUUUCCACGAAGAGUUGAUUUCCCUUCUGUUAAUUUCCUCCCCGGCAGUCCCAGUGGUUCUAGGAUAUUCUUGGCUCAAGAGACACAACCCUCAGAUUGACUGGGAGGGUGGAGAAAUCGUUUCUUGGGGUAUGGGUUGUAGGAAAGAAUGUCUGCAGAGAGUUACUUCUGUUUGCCCCGUAAACUCUUAUGCUAACACUUCUCAAUCCACAGACGUUCAGAUACCAUUACAAUAUCUAGACCUCAAAUCUGUAUUUGACAAGGGUAAGGCGGAUACUUUACCUCCCCACCGGUCUUAUGACUGUUCUAUUAAACUUUUCCCUGGUACUAUGCCUCCCAGGGGUACGGUAUACCCUCUAUCCACCAAGGAAAACUUAGUUUUAGAGGAAUAUAUCAAGGAGAAUUUAGACAAGGGAUUUAUUAGAAAGUCUUCUUCUCCGGCGGGGGCGGGUUUCUUUUUUGUAGAAAAGAAAGACGGUACCUUACGCCCUUGUAUAGACUAUCGGGGAUUGAACAAAAUUACUAUCAGAAAUGCUUACCCUAUUCCUUUGAUUACUGAACUCUUUGACAGACUAAAGGGGUCGAGUAUUUUUACUAAACUUGACUUAAGGGGAGCAUAUAACUUAGUGCGAAUUAAACAAGGAGAUGAAUGGAUGACAGCAUUUAAUACCCGUUACGGGCAUUAUGAGUAUACCGUAAUGCCGUUUGGGCUUUGUAACGCCCCGGCCGUCUUCCAAGACUUGAUCAAUGAAGUUCUUAGAGAAUUCCAACAUGAAUGUGUAAUUGUAUAUUUGGAUGAUAUACUAAUCCAUUCUAGAGACAUUAAUUCACAUCAUAGACAAGUCAGAAAGGUAUUACAGAAACUUUUACAACAUGGAUUGUAUUGUAAAUUGGAAAAAUGUAGCUUUGACCAGUCUCAGGUAACUUUCUUAGGUUACGUAAUUUCCAAAGACGGGUUUAUGAUGGACCCGACCAAACUAAAAUCGAUUUUAGAUUGGCCUUUACCUAAGGGACUCAAAGCCAUACAAAGAUUUCUUGGAUUUUCUAAUUAUUACAGACGCUUUAUUAAAGGGUACUCCUCUGUUAUCGCUCCUAUCACUAAUAUGACCAAACAAGGAGCCGAUACCAAAACCUGGUCUACUGAGGCUUUAUCUGCUUUCGAAACGCUCAAACAGUCUUUUGCCUCAGCACCUGUAUUAGUUCAUCCUGAUACCUCUCUACCCUUUUUACUUGAAGUUGAUGCGUCUGAAACAGGGAUAGGCGCAGUGUUAUCCCAAAGACAAAGUUUAGAUAAGCCGCUGCACCCUUGCGGUUUUUUUUCCAAGAAACUGUCACACACUGAAAGGAGAUAUGACAUUGGUGAUAGAGAACUUUUAGCUAUCAUUAUGGCAUUAAAGGAAUGGAGACAUUUGUUAGAGGGCACCGUCCUCCCAGUUACUAUCUUGACUGACCACAAAAAUUUAUCGUAUAUGGGGGAGGCCAAAAGAUUAUCUGCCAGGCAGGCACGUUGGUCUAUGUUCCUUACACACUUUAAUUAUGUGCUUACUUACAGGCCUGGUUCUAAGAACACUAAAGCAGACGCUUUGUCACGUCAGCACGAACCUACCACCUCUACAGAGGAUACUUUGUUCCCUAUUAUUCCUGAAGUCAAUAUUAUCGCCAACACCAAUGUCAAAAUACACUCUCCAUUGCUCGCUGAUAUUCAGAACGAACAAUCUCUUGCUCCCGAACGUACUCCUGUGGGCCGCUUGUUCGUGUCUCCCAAAUUCCAAGUGGACAUUAUUCGCUGUUUCCACGAUAGCAAGAUCGCUGGUCACCCCGGCAUCCACAAAACUUACUGCCUGAUCUCAAAAGACUUCUGGUGGCCCGGUUUACGUAGGGAUGUGGAAGACUUUGUCAAGGCUUGCAAUGUUUGUGUCAGGAAUAAACUUCCGCGGGAUCUCCCUUGUGGUUUAUUGCAGCCCUUAGUCGUUCCCAACAAACCUUGGGCUUGCUUGGCUAUGGAUUUUAUUGUUGAUCUACCAGCUUCCAAUAGGCAUACAGUUAUACUCACGGUCCUUGACAGGUUUACUAAAAUGGCUCAUUUCGUUCCCUUGCCUAAACUUCCGUCCUCCCCCGAACUGGCCGUGAUAUUUGCUAGAGAAAUUUUCCGUUUACAUGGUAUUCCCAAUGAGAUUGUGUCAGACAGGGGUUCCCAAUUUAUUUCCCGUUUUUGGAGAUCCUUCUGUUCACAGUUGGGCAUCAAACUGAAUUUUUCUUCGGCCUAUCAUCCUCAAUCUAACGGAGCAGCCGAACGCACUAACCAAAAAAUUGAGCAAUAUCUACGUUGUUUUGUUUCUGAACACCAGGAUGACUGGGUCGGUCUGAUUCCUUGGGCGGAGUUUGCUCACAACAACCUUGUUUGUGGUUCCACUCAUAAUAGCCCCUUUUUCUUGAACUAUGGCUUUAACCCUACUGUUCUUCCGUCGGUGUCUCCUUCCCAGGGUAUACCGUCGGUUGAUAUUCAUAUAGCCAACCUGAGAAAGUUGUGGGAUCAGACUCGACAAAUUCUUGAACGUAGUUCCGCGGUGUUUAAGUCACAUGCUGAUAGGCGUAGACGUCCUGCUCCUAUUUUUUCUCCGGGGGAUAGGGUCUGGUUGUGUACCAGACACAUUCGCCUGAAAGUUCCUUCCUUGAAGUUUGCUCCUCGUUACAUUGGUCCUUACAGGGUACUGAGGAGGAUCAACCCGGUUUCUUAUUUGCUGGAUCUACCUCCUACUCUUACGCAUCCCUAACUCUUUUCAUGUGUCUUUAUUGAAACCUCUUGUUUGUAACAGAUUUUCCUCCCGCUCUACUCCUCCAUCCUCGGUCCGUGUGGAUGGUCAGGAGGAAUAUAUCAUCAAGUCCAUCCUUGAUUCUCGUAUUUCUAGGGGGAAGCUGCAAUACCUCAUAGACUGGAAAGGUUAUGGUCCAGAAGAGAGGUCUUGGGUUCCUGGUAUAGACGUGCAUGCUCCUCGUCUUCUACGGGCCUUCCACGUUCGUUUUCCUUCUAAGCCAGGUCCCAUCCGCCCGGUGGGCGUUUCUAGAAGGGGGGGUACUGUCAGGGUACCUGUUGGUGAUGUAUCCAGGGAGGACAUCCUCUCUGCUUAGGGGCUCCCUUCCCCUAGCAUUUCGGCAUAUUCCGGCCGUUUUCGCGCCGGCCGCGCUAGCUCCUCCCCCUUUUAUGACGCGACGGCUAGCGUCGACGUCAUGACGUCGGCAUUUGCAUAAAGUGCCGGGAACCGCUAUUCCGGACCUUUUGGGGGCGUGGUCUCUAUUUAGGUAACAGGGUAUUUAAAGGAAACCUUUACUACUGCUCAUUGCCCUGUCGUGGUUCUAGCUUGCUAGUCACUCAGCGCGUUCUUUAUCUAGUGUUUCCGGUUUUGACCCUUGCUUGCCUUUUGUCCUAUUGUCCUCUCCUCUCCUUUGACUCGGAUUGUAUCUCGCUUACCUGUCCUCCGGCUCCCUUGACCUCGGCUUACCUUUUGACUAUUCUUGCUUUGUCCUUACGUUAGUCCGGCCAUUCUAAGGUCCGGUAUACGUACCUCCUUCUGUGCGCACUCUGCGUAUUGGAUCCCUGUCAGUUUCCUGACAACAGGGAGCCAAUGUAAGGACUGGCAGAGGGGUGAAGUGUGAAAGGACCGACUAGAGAGGAAAAUCAGUCUAGCUGCAGCAUUCAUUACAGACUGUAGCGGAGCAAUACGGCUUUUGGGGAGACCAAUCAGGAGAGGGUUACAGUAAUCCAUGCAGGAAAUUACUAGAGCAUGGACAAGCUCCUUGGUAGCAUCUUGCGUAAGAAAGGGGCGAAUGCGGGAAUAGGAAAAUAUGUUCCCAAGGAGAUGAUCAAAUGCAAUGCAAGUGGAAAUGGUUGAUACUUUCCGAUGGAGCUUAUAUUAUAGAAAAGAUAAAUCUCAUGAUAAUUUGACAGCUUCAAGCCUGACUUAGCAUAAUGUGAGUUGUAGUUUUGCAACAACAGAUGUGUGUGUGUGUGUGCCCCUUGUUUAGGAUAUUACAGAUUUCAUUACAUUAUCUAUAGGUGUCUAAACUUGCAGGAGAUGUUACAUGAUGGGCUGAGCAUCUUGGGAAAUGUAGUUAGCAAACAUCUAGAGUGUCUAAGUUGGUUGUGAUUUCCAGUCUGACCUCCCCAUGCAUACCGUUUGCUUUGUGUCUGUGUGAUGUUUCUCUCUACAUUUCUCUAGCUGGGAUUCGUGGGUCCAUAUAGUACGUAACUGGGCUCCAAUGAUACAAAUCACUGCUGUUUUAAUUCCUCAGAGACAGUAGAAUGUACAGAAUGUACAGAGGGAUUUAGAUUUUAGAGGGGAGUUUAUCUAACAAUCCCCCUUCACAUACCAUGGCUUUACAGCUGCAACUCAAGAUAACUCAAAGCACCAUAACUACUACAGUGAGACAGAAUUGCUCUAGUGCCCUCCAAUGUAACUAAUCAAAUAUUUUUCUAAUGGUUGACAACCUAGCUGGGAUCCAUUGGGUGCCAGUCACGUCUUGCACUGAGAGCCAGGAGCUUCUGAUAGCUCUGGUGGCUAAACUGUGCUGUGCAGGGCCAGCUUGUUGGGUAAGAGUGUCAGCUGAUCACUCUCAGCCAAUGAGCUGGACAAUGAGCUGGACUAUUGGGCUUGGCUCCAUGCAGAGAGCCUCUGGAUCUCCUGGAGGAGUUGACCAGCGUGUUCCUUGCCAAGUGUAUAGGCCAGUGAUGGCGAACCUAUGGCACGCGUGCCACAGGUGGCACGCCGGGCCCUCUCUGUGGGCAUGCGGCCAUAGCUCGCCAUCAAUGCAGAGUAGGCACCUGCCUGGCCAAAAGGGCAAGCGCCUACUUUGCUUUCGUGUUGGGAGGACAGGGGGAGCGAUCUGAGAAGCAGCUCUCCCGUCCUCCCGAGAGCAAUCAGUGUGGAGCGUUGCCGCACGUUACCAUGGCAACGCUCUACACAGCAUCGUGCGGGCGGGAGGACGGCAGAGCUGCAGGACCUGUCCCUCUUACCACCACCGGACCACAAGGGAUUUAUGUGUUCCCCCCACCCCCUUUCCCAUAAGGUAAGCAGAAGGGAGGGGGGGAUUCAGAUUGUAAUAUAUUUGCAGCCCUCCCCCCACCAACACACACAGCAGCCCUUUCACACACCGCACCCUUCUCAUACAUAGCACCCAGCACCUCCCCCCACACACACACAGCACUCCACACACACACACAGCACCCCUCUCACAUAGAGCACACAGCACCCCUUUCACACACAGCACCCCUUUCACACACAGCACCCCUUUCACACACAGCACCCAGCACCUCCCCCCCUCACACACAGCACCCCCUCACACACAGCACCCGCACCCUUCCCCACACAGCACCCCUCUCACAGCACUCCCACACACACAUAGCACCCCCUCUCGCACACACACAGCACCCCUCAUACACAGCACUCCGCACCCGUACACACAAACGCAUACACUGCCACCCUCAAUGCAGCAUGUGUGUGUUUGUGUGUAUGUAUUCAGUAGUUUGUGUGUACUCUGCAGUCUGUCUGUACUCAGCAUUCUGUACGUGUGUGAGUGUGUAUUCAGCAGUCUGUUUGUAUGUGUAUUCAGCAGUCUUUAUGUAUUGAGCAGUCUGUGUGUAUGUUUGUGAGUGCAUGUAUGCAGCGGACUGUGUGCAAGUAUUCAGCGGACUAUGUGUGUGUCGGUGUCUAUGUAUUCAGCAGUCUGUGUGUAUGUAUUUUAUGUAUGUAUUGCAUUUGUUGGCGAUACUAAUAAAUAUAAGCCUAAUUUUAUCUAUAAUUUUAAUUUGUAUUCCUGUGCGUUGUGUGUAGGCAGGGCCCCAGUGCACUGCUUUGCCCAGGGGCCCAUAAUGUUGUUAAGGUGGCACUGGUGGGAUGGAGGGCUGCGAGGGAGCACUGACUUACGUGCGGUUACAGCACUGCUCCCUCCAUUGAUGCCGCCGGGAGACAUGAAAUGGCGUCAAUCAGGCGCCGCCAACUGAUUGACAUAAUUUCCUGUUUUGCCGGCAGCAUCAGCAUAGGGAGCAGUGCUGGAACAGCACGUAAGUCAGUGCUUCCUCGCGCCCACACCCCCUUACAGCAGCGGGAAGGAGGUAGGGAGCCUGGGAGUACUUCAAACUCCCACCCGCACCAAAAAAAAUACAUUAUUUGUGUGCUGGUAGGGAGAGGGGAUAUAAUGGGGGAGAGGGGAUAUGCUGGGGUAGUGAGGGGAAAAUGCUGCGGGGAGAGGAAGAGGAGAUGCUGCGGGGAGAGGAAGAGGAUAAUUAGUUUGGACAACUGUACGAGUUGUUUUUUUCUAAACAUAAACCUCAGUAUUCGGGUUUAAUUGCUGUGUUGGCACUUUGAGGAGAAAAAAGUUGGCAUGUAUUGCGGUUUGGGCACUCGGGCUCAAAAAGGUUCGCCAUCACUGGUAUAGGCAAUAGUUUUGCACUAAUCUUCUCCACUUCACUGGAUAAUUAUGCAAAAUUGUAAAAUGAUCCUGCUCUUGAGAGUUAGUUUGAGUACUUCUUGGCAAAUAGCACAACAGAAAUUACAGAUAUCUUCAGGAAGAAAGUGAAAGCUGGUUUUGAACACAGUUCAUUUUUACAUUUAUUUGCUUAUUAUUAAAGUUGCGCAGUGGCAGAUAAUAAGGGAAACAUUGUAUGAGGUUGCAAAACACACAUCCUUUUAAGUAUUAUAUGGUAACUUGAUACAUACUGUGGUAUAAGAUUGCACUACACACAUAGAAAUAUACCUGCACUUUUUAAAACAGUAUAUUAAAGGGACACUAUAGUCACCAGAACAACUACAGCUUAUUGAAUUUGUUCUGGUGAGUAUAUUCAUUCCCUUCAGGCUUUUUGCAGUAAACACUAGCUUUUCUAAGAAAAUGCAGUAUUUACAUACCUCUCAUGGCUACUAGAGGUGCUUCCUGUGGCAGUGCUGCACAGUAAGCAGCACUGCCAUUAAGUGUAUCCACACUCUGCAUGGAGACACUAAACAUUUCUCAUAGAGAUGCAAUGAUUCGAUGCAUGUCUGUGAGAUGUUGAUAGGCCAGGGCUGUGUUUAGCUUGUGCUGGCUCUGCUCCCAUGAGCAACCUCUUCUCCCAUGCCAGCCCAGCAGUUAGGCCACUAAUGUCUCAGAGCAGUCCAGGUGGGUAAGACAGCACAUGUGAUUUCCUCAGCUGUCACCUCUCAUGUAGGUGCUUCAUUAUGGAAAAUCAGGUGUACUUGUGUGAAAUCUGAUUUAUCAUAAAAAAUGUAGUUGAAUGGAGGGGGCUUCAUUAACAUAAGUCUACUUUGCCCGGCAGUCAGGCUCAGCAGCCCUUCAGCUUAAAUUUUACUAGCCUGUAAAAUUAAUAAAACCUUGAAUAAAUGCUACAUAUGUUCAUGAAUUUUAGGACACACUAAAUUAUGCAGGUUUCAUAUGGCCGUGGUUUUUGUUUUUGUUUAUUUACAUUUUUAUUAAGGCAGGAUUUGUGUGGGAAUCAACAAGAGCAAUGCAAAUUUUAGGCCAUAAUAGCCCAACUGAAAAAUUGUUACCGAGUAUUCUACACAACACGUGGGGUAAGAGAAUAACCCCAUCUGUGAAAUACUAUUAAAAAUUGAGGAAAGUUAAAAUAAUUAUUAGGCUUAGGAUAUGUAACUAUUAGAAUGUUUUUAUAUAUGAAUAUGUACCUAUUUUCUACUAUUACUCCAUAUGCUUCCUCAUUUACGAUGCUUUGUAAACUAUUUUUGCUCCCAAUAAAAUAAUUUUAAUAAACAUGAAGUGAUUGCUCCCCCUUAAAAUAAAGUACAGAUGCACACUCACUAAUACCACAUGAUACUUAAAAAAAAAAAAAAAAAAAAAAAAGUUGGAUUUCGAAGGAGAAAAUGUGUUCAAUGCCUCUGUCACUAGUACAUUUGAAAAACUAGCCAAAAAUAGUUCCAGGGCUUUCGGGGUUAAGUCCCCCUGAAGUCUAUUCGCGGUUUUAUUUCAUGCGAACGGCUGCCAGGGAGCUAGCGUUCGGUUCUAUGCGCACUAAUGGAAAACGCCGAACCAGGGGGAAUAAAAUAUGGGUCUUUACAGUCGCUGACCUGGCCAUAGUUGGUGGGCAGGAGACUGGCAAGCAGGCUCCUCCAGGAGCUCGUGGCAAACUCACGAGGACAGGGGAGUUUGUCAUAUAUCUUCCCCCUCCCGGGGAGAUUAUCCAGACCCCAGACCUCCAAUCGGUCUGGGUCUGUGAUAGUCUAGUGGCUUUUCCCAAAAGGCAUAGUUGUCCAGAAGACCACCUGCCACAAGUCCACAUUUGUACAUCUAGUGUUCUGCGGGGAAACAACUCGGCUGCACUUUUCUCCGGUUGAACCAAGUUGUCGCUGGGAAUGGAGGGCGCAAUUCCCUGCUCUAGGGGGUAACUCCUGCCACUGGAGAGAGGGACCGGUUGUCCCUUCUCUGUGUAACCCAUAAAGCCGCUGGGGAGAGACACUCUCCUCUCCCUGGGCCUUACCUAUGAAGUCAUCCGUGCUUGAUGGGCAGAGGUCAGAGGUGCUCUGCCCUAUCGCCAGCGCUUCAGCUGGGGUGGCCUGUUUGUCGUCAGGCCCCGGAAUUAAUGGGCCGGUAGGGCAGAGGCUAGCUGUGCUCUGCCCUGAUGCCAGCUCUUUUGCUGGAAGGAUGUCAGUAGAGGCUGUAGUUACCUCCAUCACACCUGGAACAUGGUUGGUAUUCCGCAGUUGGGGAUCUGGGCAGGUUGCCCAGCAUCCCUUUAGGGCUGGUGCAGAGACCUUGGUCCCAUCUGCACCAUCCACACCAUCCAUCUCUGGCUACACUCCCUGUAUCUUUCCCUGUGGUUGUGGAGGGGGACAGACUGUCUCUGGCUGCCGCUGGGGAGAGAGACAGUUUGUCUCCUCUCCCUACCUGUUACACUGCCGCUGGGGAGAGAGACUGACUGUUUGUUCUCCCAAUAACGCACUCUGCCACUGAGGAGGAAGGACGACACACUUUUCUCCCUGUAACUCACUCGGCCGCUGGGGAGGGGGACCGACUCCUGACAUCUCCGUCUGUGAUUGGAGAUCUGGGCAGGCUGCCCAGCAUCCCUGUAGGGCCGGUGGAGAGACCUCAGUCCCAUCUCCACCUGCCAGCUGGGGGUCUUCCCAGGACCAGUCUAUGAGGUCACCUGUUUUCUGGAACGUAGUAAAACAGGGAGUACAGUACACCUGUAGUGUGGCAGGUCUGGGUCAGCCACCCAGCUUUCCACACAGACCACGGCUCCAUCUGCACCAUCCGGGCUAGGUGCCUUUGCUCCUGAUGAUGGGCACAGCUGCUGGGAAGGAGGGACGAAACUCCACUCUCCCGGUGUUGCACAGGUCAUAAACCCCAUCAUUUCGCAGACAGGCGACAUUACCCGUUGGAAUAGGCAAACAUAAUCCUGUUCUAGUUCCCACUUCCAGUUGGCCAGAGACAGGUCUGGCUGUAUGGCAGCGAUCUCAGUAAGGUCCCAGUUGUCUGCCCGCUCAGCUCGGAUGGACCAGAAGUGGGCACUGUCAGAUUCUCCUAACCCCAGACUAGUUUCAAAAGCCUCCCACAACAAAUCAGGGCCAUCGUAGUCUUCCACCUCAAUACAUUUAUACUGGACCAGCCACGGGUAGAGGUGGUAGGCAUGUCACCGCAGGGCCUGGUAUGAAUAAUCUAGCCACAUCCCUUACCCAUUACUCUGAGGUCUGGUCUCCUAGGAAUGGCAUCCGCAGCUCCAGCUGUUCCGCUUGGCACUGGUUGGUGGUCGGGAGUUUCUUGCUACGGAAGAGUCGAAUUUCGUUGAGAUCCUCCUUUCAGAGAUCGGUUUGAAGCGCCACCCUCCACUCUGUCUCUCUUUCCUCUGGGAUAGGGUACUCCAUACUGCGCAGCACAUCUCAUAGUCGCUGCUGAAGCCUGGCGUCGAAGCCGGAUACUGCCCGGCAGUUUUUUGCCUUCCAUACUUCUGAAGUAGUGCUGGUUUUCCCACAGCCCUGUAAGAGUGCUUUUCCAGUGCUCAAUGUGUUGUCCUAGUUGGCAUGCUGGUAAGGCGGCUAGUCCACUCACACAUAUGAAAGCCACAUUGACAUAGUCAUUUUGUUCUUACUGAGGUAAACAAAUGUCCAGCAUCCCACUACGCAUCAUUUUUUUUUUUUUUUUUACAAAAACAUUUAGUGUGUAAAAAGCCAUAGUCCUGAAUUUGUGUCUUUUCCCUAUAUAAACUCAACCCUACUUACCUAUGCAGUUUCCUGUUCAAGUGACCAGGUUGCCAUGACAACAAGUACUUCCGUUCUGGUUCUUCCCGACAAUUUUCACUGCUCGGACCCCGCAGCCCAUGGACCCGGCCCUCAGCGUCUCCGACCCGGCUCCUGUAUCGCAAGACGCCGGCUUCCGGCCACAAGACCUGUCACGCUUAUAUAUGUACUCGUGGGAACCCGUUCGCAGUGUUUCCACAUUCGGGCCUACCAAACUCGAUGACUGGCUCCCAUUGCGUUUGCAAACACGUGUACUGUUCGUUUGCUUUCGUUUAAACAUUCCUUUGCUUAAUACUCUUGUUUGCUGGUUUCCGCGUGUUCCCAUACAGCCUAUUCGUUCACUUAUCCUGUUUAAUCGUCUGGUUCAAGCCGUACAUUUGUUUACUUUGUCACGUUCGUACGUUGUUUAAAUCAUGCGUUCAUUCGUUUAAAUCUCAACCUACCUAGAUGCUGACACUUAAACUUUUUAGUUUAAAACCGUUCGGUUGGGCAUUCUCUUAAUUUCACCGUUUGUAUGUUUGUGUAAACCAUAAGGCUUGGUACAGGGUUCACUGUUCGUUUCAGCAUACGCUGAAUUUCACUCCAUUCAUGCAGGCUUUUCUGUUCCGUUUUUGCUGCACCUUUAUCAUGUAAACACUAUGCUCCUACCCAGAAUUUCAUGGUUCAAACAGACAAAAGAUAACAAAAAAAACAACCUGUUUGCUAUUUAAACUUAGAAUGCAGUGAAGCCACAAAAUGUAACAUGUAAGAAACAUUUACAAUAGAUUCGGUUUAGUUCUAGUUGGUUGCAACAAGAGAGAGACAAUACAGCACAUGGGCAAUUAAAAAUGGCCAAACAUCAAAGGUACCAAUGCAGUGCAACUAUUCAAUCUUCCCCUUUUAUCACCAAAACUGUACAGAAACAAAGUUAAACCUAUAAAUGCUACAAUUUGCAACAAAAUAUGUUCUGUCAGUCACAAUGCACAAAUUCAAAACAGUCAACAAACAUAUGUAUAUUUGUUUCCACAAAAUGAAUCCUAGGCUAUAAACUCACUAGCUCUUAGAUUAUGUAUCAGUAUGGUAGUUAUUGCGCCUCGCAAACAUUUGUUGUAGAAGUCCCUUUGUGGUCGCCAAAAUGUGGUAUAUUACCAAACUCUAUAAAUUAUGUACGCAUACACAUAUAAAUUCUGGUCCAUCUACUUUAACAAAUAUUUAUUCAGAGACAAAACAACAACAACAUACAAAUAAUGACACACAAUCACAAUCUAACUAACUGACAAUAACAACUAAACCUUAUAAAGUCAUCAGAUCCCACUCACAGUUCACCAUGAUAAAAAUUAGCCCAUGUCUGCUCACGUAUCUGCUCAGUAGCACAGCCAAGAAGGAACAGGGAGGAAUGACAAUAGAGGGAAGUGGUUAUCUCUUUCCUGACUUGUAAAGGUAUUGAAUUAACUAAUUACCAUACCAAAGGGUGAAGCUUAUACCCCUGUAAUAAAGGCAUACCUUAGCUUGGUCACAUGACCCCUGAUCACCACAUUAGUUUGAUGACAGAAUGUCACCACACUAGACACACGCUUACUCAUACACAACAGCUUCCACCUAACUCUGUUGCAGUCUCUUCAUGGCCCAAUCCACAUCAUUACAUCGAAUAGACGGCUAUCCCUGUUUUCAGUUCUUAGAUUCCGCUUCAUUAAUAGAGCUCAGGGAAUCGCUUAAGGUUAUCUCUGUAAGUAUGCUAGAAGAGUGUUUUUCACCAAUACCUUUUUGGCCCUCUUUAUACAGGCCUACACGUACGUUUGUUUUAGCACAACACUACCAACUUUCUCCCUUUCCUCCUAUUCCAUAUAUUAAUUAAGUUCUGACUUCAAGUAAAAGGCCAGAGGCCUGAAUUUGUGGGAGGAGUUUUCCUUUAUAAACUCAACCCCCUUACUUUCCUAUACCGUUUCCUGUUCAAGUGACCCCACCCACCACUCCCUCUACUAUCUUUUUAUCACAUUAUCCCCGGUGGGCCCUCUUUAUAUAGGCCUACCCGUACGUUGGUUUCGGCACAACCCUACCAACUUUCUACCUUUCUUCUAUUCCAUAUACAAAUUAAGUUCCGACCACAAAUAUAUAUAUAUAUAUAUAUAUAUAUAUAUAUAUAUAGUGACAGAGUGCAAGGCAUUGUUAUGGAUGGAGUGUAUAUGUCUCCAAAAGUAUUGGAAUAUGUUAAUUAAUAGCCCCAGGAAGAAGGUCUGUCUUUUUUAGUGAGAGCAAUUUUGCAAUUUAAUAUGGGUUCCUAGGGUGGAUCAUUUGGAGUGAAGGGAGGGCCAGUGCUCCAUUCCACAGUUUACAUACAGCACAGCAGAUGAACAAUCCGAUACAGGAGUUCAGGAUCACCCUGAUAGUUGCUCACCUGUUGGCAAUGAUUAGCACAGGACUGUUAUAAAAUUUCACUGUCAGGGAUUCACAGGGAGAAGGACAAGCAGUGUGUGAGACUGCAUUACUCCCUGCAAUAGUCUUUGUGUUCUGAAGGAGAAAGGAAACAUUUAUUUGGAAACAAGGUCUGUGCUCAAAUUUGUAUUUUGGAUGGUUGGAAGCGUGUAAGCCACCCAACAGCAGUUAGAGGAAAAACUGUGAGUUACUGCUCAGAAGAGCCAGGCUUUUCUUUUUGUUUUGUUUAAAUUGCCAGACCUCUUAAUAAAGAGACUGCAUUUACAAGAAAUUUCAUUUGUGUGGUGUUCCUAUCAUUAAGACUGUGUGAUUGGGAACCAGACCCCACAGAUGCCCACAACAAAGAACACAGACUCGAGCACCAAUAGCAUGGGUCGAUCCAGAAAGAGACUAAGCAAAGGCAUCUUUCUCAAAAAGGCAAACCAGAUAUGUCAAUGUAACACUGUGAAAAUGUUCAAAUACUAUGUUACCCCUCCCAUCCCUUUUCUUUUCUGUACCCCACCUACUACGUAUAUUAUGCUGAAAAAAUACAAUAAAUAAAGAAUUUAUAAAAAAAAGACUGUGCGAUUGUAUGGUUCCAGGUCACAAUAUAUUUAUAUAGUAGUUUAAUAAAACUGCUAGUGCUAUCUGCUUAGUUUUCAAUACAUGAAGUAUUAUUUACUGGGCUUCGGGGGUAUUUGAGUUGGUAAAUCUGUUGGUACAAGUGCCAAAAUUGGCAUCAGGCUGACCCACUCAAAUUUUAUAAUUUUAGAUUGUCAGGUGAAAGGGCUUGAUUUCUAAUUCAAUAUCGUUAAUUCUACAGACCGUUGAAUGAAACUCCCACAAGUUGGUCCCGUUUUACGUCUACUAAUCCCCAACAUCCGACUCAAAAUGAGCCGUUCUCUCAGUACCGGAACCUUCCAAAACUCCCUGCCUCUCAAUUACCGUGGGGGCCAACGUGUGCAGCCUAUUGACUCAGUUGGAAAAGAGCAAGCGUAUGAGCCAUCAACAGGUAAGUGAUGACUGUGCAAUGAUAUUUUAUUGCUGUACUUACUUACAGUCUGAUUGAAAAUUUGCACAAGCUUCUCAUAAUGAAAAAGAAAUUAGAUAAAAUAAAAAGUUUCCUAAGCAACUCACAUAUUGCAGAACUCUUCUUAUGACAUGGGGGAGAGGGUGGGAAGGUGUGCCCCACCCCCCAAAAAAAAACCAAAGUAUAUUUAUUUGGUAUUGGACCCAAGAAGUUCUGUUUAGCAAUGCAAGAAGAGGCAGAACAAAUAAUAAAAUAUUUUUGCUACCAGUAACCACCAUUAAGAACUAAAAAUGUGAAUCUUUUAUCAUGACAGAGCUUACAGCAGCCUUACGGUGAGUGUAAUGAAUGAGAGUCUAUCACUACCGAAGUUUAAGACCCUUAUUUUAAUAUGACCUUGCCACAGGAGCCCCAGUUAUAACCUCCUUUAUUUGUUCCAUCAAAAAAAAAGUUACUAACUACAAUUUCCUUUACAUUUUUCACCUAGCAAUCUGACCAUGCCACUAAAUUAUGUUUAAUAAAGAUAUAUCAUUUAUUUUUUUUCUGCAAGAAGAAUAUCAAGCACAAUACCUUUCACAUGUAAUGGAUAUCUAGAUGGGGAGCUUCAAGUGAGUUGUGCAUUAAAAAGUUGGUUGUUAACUGGGUGAGCUUGCAAACCUUCUCCGCAUAGCUGGUCAAUAAAGGUCAGGACCAAAAACACAUAACACGUAUCCGUUUUCACCUCCCAACAGGUCACUUGGGAACCCAGGUAAAUGCGUGGUAGAUGGAUAUGGCGCGAAAUACCAAUCUGUAAACCUUUUUUUUGCUUACUUCCCAAUGAUUGGUCCCCUUUGAGGCAUUGCACAGUUGACUAGUUGCAGAUGUCCAUGUCGCUAAACAAAAUUCCUGUCCCAACUCCCUUUCCCAUUGGGACAUGUUGGAAGUUUUAGUGGAUAUUGAGUAUUCAGCCGUAUGAGUGUAACAAAGAUAAAGACUUUGCUGUGCUCUUGCAUGUAUAUAAAGUUUCCUCAACCCGAUCCUGGGCUACAGAUAAGUAUUACAAUGAUAGAGCAUGUUUGGUUCAGAGUUAUGUAUAAAAGUCCAAUAAGUUGUAAUUGGAGGCUAGUUGAAUGUUGGAGGUAAAGGACAGAUCAGCUUAUUGGUAAAGUUGACAAAUAAAUUGAAUAUCAUUUGAAUUUGGGUUCAAGUUAAUGUCUGGAAUUUUCAAGAAAGACAGCAAUGCUAAUAUUAGUGGUUUAUAAGCAUUCAACAGUUGUGGUGCCCAAGUUUGCCAUGUUUAAUAAUGUUUAGUUGUGGUGAGAAUGUUUCUAUAAGGGAGAAGAAGAUGCUUUGGAACCAUAACUGUUGGAUGAUUUUGUAAGGACAUAUAUACAUAUUUUCUAAUGAUGCCCAGGGAGCAGUAGAGUGACCCAAUAUUAGACACAUUGUCUGGGCAAAUUAAUAAUACUCCCUUCCCUGCUCCAUUAGACUCGCACACAGUAUUCAUUCCUUCAAAAUAAAUCAUUGAAAACUCACUUCUUCAGGAAAGCAUAUCAGUUAAACUAUUUUUUUAUUUUUUUCCUCCCCGCACCUUGCUCCCUCUCCUGCAACUUUCAUCCAAAAGAAAUAAAACUCUAAGCCCUCAGUGGACACUAUUCUAGCAACCUACUUUUCUUUUUUUUUUUUUUUGACAAUCUUUAUUUAUGUAUUCAGUUUUAUAAUUUUGAAAGGAUGGGUGUACAGAAGGGAAAAGGGUGGGAAGUCAAACAGUUAUUUGUAGUGCACCAAUGCAGUGAUAGAUAUCCAUAAUAGCAUAACAAUAUCCAUUUCCGUGUUUAUAGAUCACACAGUAGUUGAGAGCUGUGGGUAUAUCCAUUAUCAAGUGCAAUUCGACCUGUUCUGUAUCUGUGAGUGUCCUAUGUCUUUGAUAUUCUCAUACCCCCAACCAUUUGGGACCUCUUGCAGCUCAAGGCGUGAUAUUCGUGGGAGGGGUGUGGGGCCCAGCCAAGUGCAAGUUUGUAGAGGCUGUAUGUGUGGGUGGGUUUGCUUGUGGCGGGGCUUUCCGGCGGGUUUGUUUAGGGCUUUUCAAAUGUUGUGGCUAGGGUGUCCUGUCCCGUCCCACCUGUGUCCAGGUGUACGAGCCCUGUAGGAAAUGUUCUUUUCUGUGGUUGGGGAGCAUGAGUAUGAGAUAUGUCCCACGGGUGUGCGAGCCUAGCAGGUGGUAUUGCAUGUGUGUUGUUGGGUUGCUUCUGGGGCUAAAAGCUAUGGGGUCUAUUGUGCGGUGGAUCUAGCUUAUGGGCCAUUAGAUUUUUGGGCGUUUAGGGUAUCUUGUGUGUUUCUGUCCCUUAAUAUCGCUUUUGUGAGUUCUAUCUGCUGUCCCUCUGUGGAUCCGUGUUUGGUAUGGAACAUCUGUAUAUGUUCUCUUGGAUUAAAUGUCUCAGUCAAGUACGUGGUGUGGGGUGGUCUGGUCAAGCAGAAGUCAAGAGGCUGAGGGGGUUACAUGGGGUGGGGUGGCGGGUGUAGUCUAGCUGGGGAAAAGAGGAAGCAAGAUUAGGAGUAAGGCGGGAGAGGGCAUCGGUAACUUAUCGGAGCAAAGUUUUUCAUGAGGCUGAGCCUGCUGCCGCGGUGUAUAGGAUCCAGGGGGUCCAGGUUAGGUGGCAUUUCUCCGAAUGGCCCCGGAGGGCUGCUGUCAUGGACUCCAUGGAAUGUAUUUCUCCCACUCUAUCCACCCAUUGUUGGAAGGUGGGGGAAGUCGUUUUUUUCCACAGGGUGGGUAUCAGUGAUUUAGCUGCAGUCAGUAGGUGUCUAGUGAGCAACCUACUUUUCUACCCUAUCACUUUUUUGUCUCACUAUACCCACUUCCUCUAGCAAGUAAGCUAAUUGAGGAGGGCCCUCAACCUUCUCUGUUCCAACUUGUCUGUUAGUCCACCCAUUAUACAGGGCUGCGGAAUUUAUUGGCGCUUUAUAAGCAGUAAUAAUAAUCUAUAUCAGAUUUCUUGACAUCCAUAAACCCCCAAACCUACUAUUUUAGUAGACACCCAGCAGGCUGAAUGAGGUAUUCUAGGUGUUUUUUUCUUCCAAAUGUAGGCAUUAAUCAACUGUUGGAGUUAGAGAGUUAGGAUGGGCAACAGGUACAGGAUUAAAGGAAAUAAAGACAUUUUAACAAAGUUGAUUCUUUUCACCCAUGACCGCUCCAAAUUUGACAAGGAUUCUAUGAUACACUAGAUCUUAUGGAUAAGUUAUUAUAGUAAUUAUGGUAUGGGUUGUCUAGUUAAUUGAAAUCCAAGAUAAGAGAAGUCUUUCUUCAAUCCAAUUUUUAAUUGGACUGCAAGAGGGAGACACUAUUGUCUGGAAGACCUAAAAGCAAAGCUUGGGCUUUCCGUGUGUUAUUUUUAUAGAAGGGGACUUUAUCAAUGUCAUCCAACAGUUUAAAUAAAUUGGGGAGAGAGUUGCUUGGAGUCUUCAAUUAAAAAAUAAUAUAAUUGGCAAAUAGAGUCUGUUUAUGUUCUGGUGGUGUCUAUCUUAUAGCAAAAAUAAAAAUUAGUGGGGAAAGUGGACAGUCCUGCCUUGUUCUGUUAUUUGAAAAGAAGAAUGCGCGUAUUUAGAAAAUUGGGCAGACUAGAUGGGCCGCAUGGUUCUUAUCUGCCGUUUCAUUCUAUGUUUCUAUAAGAAGGAAAAAAAAACUGCAUUCAUAAUUUUAUCUGAUAGGGAUGUGUUUGACUGUUUCUGACAUGUAUUUUCGGCAUCUAAUGCAAGCUCAGUAAACUAGCAGAAUUUUGCUUUGUGACUACAUUUAAAACAUCCAAGAAGCAUUUGGUGCUAUCCAAGGCUUGCUUAAAGGGGAUAGAUCCUGCCUGCUCUAGUGAAGUAAUUUCCGGAAGAAUUACAAUAAGUCUGUUGGCCAAGAUCUUUGCAUAUAAUUUUGUGUCUGAGUUCAGCAAGUAAAUCGGCCUAAAAGGAAAUAAGCUUUGUUUUUGUGCCAAUAGGUUAAUGUUUCUUAUCCGUAUGCAAAGGUCCCUUAUGACCCACUCCACCAACUUCUUACAGAAACUAAUGAGGAUAAUUUGAUUUGAACUUUUUAGAAUUUUCUCAAUAACAAUGGUAUUCACUAAAGUGAGAAUUGUCAGGAUCUCAAAGUGAAUUUCAAAUUUGAGGCCGAAGUAGCUGAAAUGAAAGCAUAGAAGACUUUUUUCCAGUUUGGCUAUUUUGUCCAAACAUUUGAAAUUAACUUUUUUAUUGCCAAUUCUCACUUUAGUGAAUAACCAUGUAUAUGCGUAUUUUAUUUAGUCUAAAUAUUCUUUAAAUGUUAGCGAAAUAUACCAAUCCUCUGCUGCCAUCUCUAGGUUGUUUUUUUUUAAAUUAACUUCUAAUUAUUUUUUUUCUUUACUCUUUUUAUAUAUGUUUUAGUAUUAUUAUUACUGUUAAAAGUUUCCUUAUAUAGACUGAAGUUUACAAAAUACAGAAAUGAUCUCUUUGUCAAGCCUGUUAGUGCAGCAAGAGAGUGCUGAGCAAUAUUCCAGUGGAUUUCAGUAGCCUCUUAAGUAGAUAAAACAACUUUAAUGCACAUAAUCAGGGGAGAAGUAAAAAUGGCGGCUAGUUAAAAAGAUACCAGGUUGAUCACCAUAAAAGAAAGAAAACUAUUUAAAGGAAAAGGACCAGUGGCAAAGGGAGGUAAUUAUGGGAGCUACAAUGCCUUGAUUGCAGUAGGCAAAGAUUCCUAAAUAUUUUUUGAGAAUUAUCCCUGAUGGAUGUUAUGAUGGAUGUUAUGAACUCCAGAGUACUGGCGAGAUUUCAAAAAGUUGUGCAAUAUUUGGCAGGUACUCAUAAUUAUUUUGCUUUACCGUGGAUACAGUCCAAUCUUCCAUGUCCAUAUGAAAUGAUUUCCUGACCUAGUUUAAGAGAACACUGUCUGAAUACUGUCUAUGUAUACUUUGUCAACGUUUUUUUUUUUUUGCCUUAUUUUGGAUCAACAGCAAAAAAAAAUGUGAGGAAGGCUGAACUUGAUGGACGCAAGUCUCUUUUCAGCUAUGUAACUAUGUAACAUUAGAUUAAUUUCUUUAUUUCAAUUAACAGUACCAUGUUUUCCCUGUAGAGGAGCCAAUACUGUAAGUAGUUUGUGCUGUGUAUGUAGUUAAUAUUCUAAUGCCACAUGGUGGUUCAGAUCCCAGAUGAAAAUGUCUCAGAACAGCAUUCCAUUGGCCAUCGGUCUGGGUUCCUUGAUAACCAGAUCAGUGAGUUUGGCAUUCAGGCAUAGUAAAGCAGCCCACCUAUGGUCCGUGGUCUGAAGAGAUUGGCAUUCCCUCACAGUAUACAUGUCAAGGGAGGUACUCUGAGAACGAGCGUCAUCUACCAGGAGGAACAUUUGGGUAAGAAGUCCAGAGACUUCCAUCAGUUUAUCUUGUGCAGAGCAAAGAUAACAACAUGCAACUCAACAGAGCCAAGGAAACUAAAGUGAUAAGGCAAAAAGACAGUGGGGCUCACCCACAGGGGAAGCAAACAGCAUGCAGAAAAAUGAGCAUAAACAGCAACAUGACUCAUCAAGCAAACCUGGGCUCACCUUUGUAUAAAGGCCGAGGUAAAUCCCAACAAAUCCAGCAGCUCGGGGCAACAAGGGAGACUUGCUGCCCCAUAGCCGCAGAAAACUCCUGCAGGCCACAGAAGUAGAGCAGGAUUAACCAAAGGGUGACCUUAGGUGGCAGCCUAGGGCCCAGAGGCUAGAUGGGGCUCCUGAAACCAUGGAUUUGCUUAUCCCCAUUCACAAUCCUUAUGUGAAGAAUGAAAGGGUAAUCCACAUUGGUAAUCCGCCUUGGGCUCUGUUGCAUCUUAAACCUUCUCAGCCAAGAAGCCAAGAAAAAUGGUUAAUAAAUGGGGAUAAGGGGAGCGAGGGAAAAUCAGAGAGCAGUAAAACAAGCGAAACAAAGCAAACAUGGCGGCCGCACGCACAGGCAGUAUAUAUAGUUAAGAGUUUAUUUCCCUCAUUUCCUUUAACAGUUAACAGGUGUACUUUAAAAAUGAAAUAUUUUAAAAUGAUGCCGUUCUCUGGGUAUCCUUCUCUAACAUCUGGGAAAUACAAACACAUUAAGAAUAUUUUCAUAAUCUCCAUGACAGAGAAACAGAUUUACUUGGUUUAAUAGUUUUUAAAUGUUAAAGAGACACCAGGCCUCCCAACCGACCUGAUUUUGUCAGGACUGUCCCAACUUUGUUCUGUAGUGUCCCGUAUUUGGAACUGUCCUCAACUAUAGUGCUAGCAUACCGCAAAUUCGGUCCUUUCUGUUAGUUUUGUUAAUACGUAAUGAUUGCGCUAGCUUGUUUUCUCCUGUCUGACAGGUCGUGUUAUUGCAACAUUCAAUUGUUCUGGAGAGAAGGAAGUAAAUGAAGCUAUUCAGAGUGCAAAGUCAGCUUUCAAGCAAUGGAGCCAAAAAUCCGGAAUGGAACGGAGCAGAGUAAUGCUGGAUGCAGCCCGGAUCAUCAGGGUAUGGCGGAGUAUUCAGUAUUUAAUCAAAAUAUUUGAUGUCUUAGCAGCUGUUAGAAUCUUCAUUGUGGCAUAUUGAGUGAAUAACACUCUCCCCACUCCCCAAUUUAAACCGUUUGCUCAUAAUCCUAAAGAAUUAUAUUAAAGAAGCAAAGAAUUUGUCAACCUUGGUAAACAUGUAAGUAGAUACUCUUAAGUAUCAGAACCACUAUAGCUUAAAGGAACAUUCAAAUGAAAAAAAUAAAUUAAUUGUUUUAACAAUUUCAUAACAAAAUACCCCAAUGAAAACAUGUAUGCAUUUAAUUACACAUUUUUAUCAUUGGGGUUAUAUCUAACUUGAAAAAGGUAAUUAUCUCUUGUCUGUAGCAUUUGCAAGCCUUUCCCUUCUAACCCAGCUCAGAAUUUAUGUGGCUGUCCAAUCAAAGACUUCCCAAUGAAGCUCAAUGAGAAGUCUUUGCAAGGCAGGUGCUCUGGGCAAUUGCCUCUUUCUUGAAUCUAGCCUCCCUGAGCUAAACAACCAGUAAGUUACAGAGCCAAUUGUCUGACAGCAAAGUGGGUGUAACAAGGUUCAUGAAAGGGAACCUGUCAUGGAAGAAAAUAACUUUAGCUUUAUUAAAAGAGCAUUAAAUUCAAUAUAUGCAUUGUGCUAGCAGUUUUGCUAGCAAAUGUAAACAUUUGGAGACAAGCCUGUGCAAAGAGUUUUAGCUGUACAGGCGAGGAUGCCCCCCCAGCCCCUCUAUGUGUCUACCCCCUAACCCAUGUCAGUCUCUUAUACCUUCCACAGUCACUUUCUGUCUCUUUUGCACCUUCCUCAGCACCUCUGUGUGUCUCUUUCCCCCAGCACCUUGUCUCUUUUCCCCCCAGCCUCUCAAUGUCUCUGUGUCCAACCCCAGCCUCUCCAUGUGUCUCAUUUACCCCCAGUCCCUCCAUUCUUGUGUAAUUUUCUCCCCUAUGUGUCGUAUUUCCUGCAGUCCAACAUGUGUUGUAUUUCCCCCAGUCCUCCCAAUGUGUCUCAUUACCCCUAAUUUGUCUCAUUACCUCAGUUCCCCUCAUAUAUGUCUCAUUCCCCAAGCUCCCUCUAUAUGUGCCUCAUUCUUCCCCUUUCCCCCCAUAUGUGCCUCAUUCCCCCAGCUCCUCUUAUUUGUGCUCAUUUCUCCCCUCCCCACCAUAUGAUACUCCAUUCAGACGCCAGCAUGCUGUAACAUCCACCUCUUUAAUGAGCUUGUGGAAGGGGAGCAGAGGGCCAGGUAAGGCAUAACAGUUUCUCUUUAAUAGAAGAGCCAAUUUGUACUGAAAUGUACAAUGCACACUCUUCACACCUAAAGGACUUCGGCAAGCAAAAGUGCUUUAGGUGUGUGGAGUGUUCUUUUUAUGUCCAUGAAGCUUCUGCAGAGUAAACACUGUCUUUUCUAAAGAAAAAGAAAAAUGUCAGCGUUUAUGUUGAGUGACAGACACUAGAGGUGUCCCUUAUAAGCAGGCAGCUACUAGUGUGGUCCUGCAGUCUUUGCAGUACGGACAUGCAGCGGUUUCACACUCUGCAUAGAGAUGGAUUGAUAUAAUGUAUCUCUAUGAGGAGGCCCUGACUCGCCUAGCACGGUGAUUGCCAUGCAUAUGCAGUAGCCCCUCAGUUCAUGGUGAAGCAGUUGAUUGGCUAAGAUCAUCAUCCUCAUGAUGGUGUGUGGUGGCACCAGAAAAAACAGCGCAGCAUGGAAUAGAAGGUAAGUGAAAAUAUAAUAAUCCAGAGGGGGCCCAAUAACCUAAAAUGUCAGGGAAACUAACGUUAGAAAUACACGCUUGUAUUUCCAACGUUAGUGUUCCUUUUAAGCUAAUCUCUUGACUAGACACUUUAAUAUUAUAAGGGUUACUAAAAUCCAAAUGCUCUCUGGUCUGGAUUAGCAAAUAUCUAAGACAUUCCAGGUGCAUUCAGAUUGCAAAAUCCAGACCUUAUCAGGAUUUGGCAAUAUGAGUUAGAUUGACUGUAGUCCAGAUUUCAUCCUGUCCAGCUGCAAUCAAGCGGCUGGAACAGAAAGUUAAAUAUUCAUGGUGGAUUGAAAGUUAAAUAUUCAUUGGUGGAACCAUUAUUUAAAAAUCUGGACUAUUUGACCACUGGCUGGCCAAUUCUCUCUAGCCUGCCACCAUUUAAAAAAAAAAAAAAAAAAAAAGCAUUUGGAAGUCAAAAUACCCUUCAUUUAUCUAAAAACACGAUAAAAUCAAGUGGGUGCAUGUCACCUGCACGGUAAGCAGACAGAUGCUGCUCAACCAUUAGUAAUCUAGGCCAGGGGUGCCCGAAAACGUAGAUGUUGUAGAACUACAACUCCCAUGAUGCUUUGCAUGUCAUUAGAAUGACAACGCAUCAUGAAAGCUGUAGUUUUAAAACAUCCAUCUACCUUUUGGGCACCUUCAGCACUCCAGAUAUUGUGGACUUCAUCUCCCUUGCUGCUUUGCUAGCAUUAUGGCUAUAAGAGACAUUAUCAGAGAUGUAGUCCACAAUAUCUGGAUGGUGGAUGGUUGCUUUACCCUGUGAGUCUAUGCCAUGGGCAAUGGGAUGGAGUAUUCUAAUAAUGAGAAUCUCUGGGUAGCAGUGGUAAGUUUAAAUAUUUUAAAGGGACACAUGCUUUACACCCUAUUAAGCAUUAAAAUUGAAAAUAAAAAUGCAUAUGGGGGUCUAUAAAAUAAAUACAAAUGAAGGGACAUGCCAUUGUUCCGUAGCCCCAUGCAUGGCUAGCAGAUGAGAAUUAUUAAAACGAUCCGGGGAGGGAAAAUGCCUUUGUCUUCCCCAGCCCAUCAGGUCAGGGAGGCAUUAAUAUAAUUGUGGGCUGGCAUGCCAGGAGUCCACCCCCCACCUCAUGGUCCCUUGUUGCUCAUUCUUGGUAGCCAGGGGCCUUCCCCAGUAAAUAAUCCUACUCCUCUCACUCUAACAAAAAUGAGAGGGCGUCCAAUAAAUCUUCUUUUUUCUAUAAUAAUUUUUCAGCCCUACCCCCCAAAACAAACUAUUGGAAAAAAGUUUUUUUUUUUUUUUUUUUAAUCAACUAAAAAAUCAACUAUUGGUCUUUGGAUGGCUUAGUAUUCACUGACCAUUCAAGACUUAAAAGGCCUUUAUAAAAGCAUUCUAGAUAGUAUAUUUGAAACUGAGCCCCUUGGACUUUAGUAAUAACCCUGUUAUGUUCUGUAAUAUUCAUCUGCAAGCCACUCAAAGAAAAAGUAUUAAACUCUAGAAUAUUGCAUUUCUAAAUCCUGAACCUUCUAUGGUCUUUUCGUACCUUGGACCUUGUCAGAUCACCUUGCUCCUCAAUGGUGAUAUCUAUUUUUGGUUAAUCUGACAUUCUUUAAGUAUAGUUUCUGUCAAACCUACAUUUAAAAAAAUGUAUUUUAACAAAUUUCAGUCCUACAGAGUUUAUGGAAAUAAAAGGUGGCAGUCACAACCCAGAACAACCCAUGAACAGGGGGAUAUUCCAUUUACUUUAGUUGUUCUUAUAUAUCUUUUGUUUGAAGCCCAGCUCAUUUUUCAAAGCUUCACCUGGCUUCCUGUAUAUACGAAAUACCUUCCUACUUCUCAUAUACAAAGCUCUCUAUUAUUGAUGCAUUGUCUCAAUCACAGAUAUCUUCAUUGAAGAUAUGUUCCGUAAAUUGAGAGAGACAAUCAUAGAGCUUCGUAUAUGAGCACUGAACACUAGGUACUAAUAGGAAGGGCAUGGAAUUCAAAUUAAAUCAUGUAUAAUACUGGAAUCCAGCUAUGAAAAAUCUUAAUAAAAACAGGAAAAUAGAAACAGUACUCCUGGGAAAGCAGCAUUGACAAAUGAGCUCAUUCAAUCAGAACUGCAAUAGCGUUCACUGAAUAAAUGAAUGCCACCAAACGAAUUCCUUUCAGCUAACCAAUUUGGUCAUUCAUUAAUUUAUGACCAAUAUUCGCUUUCAGACAAACCCGAGAAGGGUUGUAAAAUGAUUUGCAAAGUGGUGGAGUUUGGAUGCCUCCAGAUAUGUGUGCAGUGUAAAAAGGUCUGUUUUGUUACUUUGAAAAUAAAUGUGCUACAGGUUGUUUAGUGUUGCACUACAGCAGGAAUAAAGAUACCAUUAUGUUAGUGGGGUAAUUUAUGAAAUACAAUAAAAUGCUGCAAUCCUCGAUUUAAGACCAAAGUACUUGGUGUAGCUAGAAGCCAAGCUGUUAAACAUUUAGUGAGCCAUUAAAUGAGUGAGGGGAGAAAGUCCAUAUUACAGUUGUAGUUAAUCAGAAUGGCAGAGGUCAGGUUUAGUGUCUCUGGCACAAGUUAUUUUAGAAAAGUUAGCUUCCCCCCGCCCCAGCAUUUUUUCAUUUUUACUGAGCUAAGGGAGCUUUGUUUGGGGCUCAAGCCCUGAGAGGUUUUUUUUUUACCUUUGCAGCGUCCCUGGUCAUACAGUUACAAUUAGGCCAUUUGGAGGGUUUGCAAAUCUACAUAUAUAGAUAGAUAGUGAUUCUAAAAAAAGUUCCUUUAUUUAAACGUGCAUAGGGUUUUGGGAUAAUGCACAGGUAUUUUUUAUUUUUUUUUAUAUGUGAAGAUUGGGCACGUUUUAACAGCUGAGUGCCAGCAAAACAGCCUAACAAAAAUUGCUGAAAUAGACAAAUUUGCAUUUUAUGAAUAGCCAAAUGAGUUUCAAGUAGCAACUUUCGUUUGGAAUACCUGGUCUUAGACAACUUCCACAGGGUUUGCAUGUAAUGAGGAAAUGGCACUGCCUAGUGUCUAGUAUAUGGUAAUACAAUGUGAAUAUUACUGGCAUUCUGUGUGAUUCAAAUCACUGACAUGUUAGAGUAAAAAAUCAGUUUAUUUCAAUGCCAAUGACUUCUGUGAAAUUUGAAAUCAUGCUGACUUAUUACUUACUACCUAACAGGAGCGCACUGAAGAGCUUGCUACCAUAGAAACCAUAAAUAAUGGAAAAUCAAUCUUUGAAGCCAGAGUGGAUAUAGAAAUUUCAUGGCUGACUCUGGAGUAUUACGCAGGUCUUGCAGGUUCUAUGGCAGGUAAGGUGAAUUGUGGGAUGGCUUUGGCCAUUGGUUGACCAGUUAUAAAGUGAUGCUAAAGGUCUUCCCUACAUAAAUAUGCCACAAUUCUUUAAUCUAAAUCAGAGAAUAUCAUUGCUUGUAAGACCUCUCUGGACUUACAAAACAGCAUUGAUGAUCAUAAAAUUGCUAGAAUUUAAGGGGACUCUUUAAACACCAUAAGCACUACAGCUCAGUGCAGUGGCUAUGGCACUAAUAGUGUUAUUCUACGAUAUCAUGUCAAACUGCUUUGGAGCACACAAAGCUUGUGCAGCUUCUGUGGAUAAGAUGCAUAUAAUGUACAUAUAAUACUUCCACAUGAUCAAGUGCAUAAGCGUCCAACCUUAACCCCUUAAGGACACAACUUCUGGAAUAAAAGGGAAUCAUGACGGAAUAUUUCCGUCAUGUGUCCUUAAGGGGUUAAAUGGUAAUGAUAGGCUGAGAGAGCUGGGGGGUCGUUUACCAGGACUUUCAGUCUAUCAUUGAAUUCCGAGGUUGUUAAGGCUACAGCUAUAUAUAUAUAUUUUUUAAAGGCCUUUCUGCUUAAUAACAGAAUAUUCAAAGAUAUAAUUGAUAUGUAUGUGAACAGGUUGUUAAUCCAAGGAGAAAUCGGAUUGCCAUUAUGGAGUCUAGAAGGCUUUUUCUCUUUUUUAAUUUGAAUAAUAAUAAUUGGAAAUGGCUACAAUUUUUUUUAAUUUUUUUGCCUUUUGGAUCAACAGCAUGAAACAAUGGGCUUAAAGUUUGAACUUGAUGGACUUUAGUCUUUCUUUCAACCUAAAUUACUAUGCAACUAUAUAACUCCAUAUUUUGUUUAUAACAGGCUGUAUCAGCAGAAUAGCUUGUGAAUAUCUAGAUUAUCUGUUAUUUGGAUUUUUACUUUUUUACACUUGGUAUUUUAUGUGUGGCUGCAUGUGUAACUUCACAGAAUUUCUUUACAUUAGUACAUGUUUCCUGGCAUGCUUUGUAAUCUGAUUCCAUGAAAAAUUGCAAAACAUGCAACCCCAGACAAGGCAUUCAGCAACAAAUUCAAUAAAGUCAGAUGAUGUUUUUUUUUCCUUUUAUUUUUCUAGGGCAACAUGUGCAGCUCCCAGGGGGAUCGUUUGCAUACACAAGGCGGGAACCUCUAGGGGUCUGCGUAGGCAUCGGAGCCUGGAAUUACCCCUUCCAGAUCGCGUGUUGGAAAGCAGGCCCUGCCCUGGCAUGCGGUAAAUCUACCACUUUCAGCUUGUCUUACUCAACCCGAUAUGGGCCUAAAUUCAACUAGGUUGAGUUUAAUAUUUAGUUUCAGCUAUCAUGUAACUGGUUAAUCUUGACCCUGACAUUCAACGCCUGGUGGAUGUGAGUUGAAUGUAAUUCAAACACCUGAUCUGAAUGUCUGUGACAUAAAACAUGUCUCUUGGUGGGUAUAUUACAUGUUUUUCUUGUCUUACUCCAAAACUUUAAUACUGUAUUAACAUAGAAUUGACAUGUGAAGUCAAGCUCUUGAUUGCCAUAUUAUUUUCCAGGUAAUGCCAUGGUGUACAAACCAUCACCUUUUACUCCCAUCAGCGUGGUUAUGCUGGCUGAGAUCCUUGCAGAAGCUGGUGCUCCAACCGGUCUCUUUAAUGUAGUUCAAGGUGGAGCAUCCACAGGGGAGUUCCUCUGCAAACACCCAGAUGUGGCCAAGGUGUCUUUCACUGGCAGUGUCCCAACAGGCUCUAAGGUGACCGCAUUCUUCACAGCUCAUAAUCCGAGAUUCCCUUCAUCAUAAUGGAACAGUGUUGCUCUUAUUAAAGAAGUCAAAUUAAUUAUUUAACCUAAAUUUGUCAGUGUGGUCAGAGGGUUUUUAAUACCAAGCACUUGCUCUGUACAGCCUUGACGCUAGUAAUUAAGCUCACCCUUCUCUUCCACUAUGUUUCUUUUCCAACUUCUUCCUAUAAAUUACUACAGAGUAAGCUGUCUCUUAGACUAGCCUUCAACUUACCCUUUGCUUUGAAUAUGCUUGCAUCCGUUAGAGCUAGAUGCAACUAUCAAUAUGCUUAUUAUGCUCUGAAACCAGCUACAAAUAGAAUUAUUUCUGAUUAUCCACAGAUCAUGGAAAUGGCUUCUCAAGGUAUCAAACCUGUUACCCUGGAGCUUGGUGGAAAGUCUCCGCUCAUUAUCUUCCCAGACAGUGACCUGGAAAAUGCUGUGAAUGGAGCUAUGAUGGCAAACUUCCUCACACAGGGGCAGGUAAAUAAUGCCAUGGAAUGUUACAAGGAUAUUUACACACCAGAAAAACUUUGCGUCACAAGAUUAGGUCUUGGGCCUUGAUAAGUAGAGAUGUUAUUUCAGCCAGGGCUAAAAUGUGAAAAAGUGCUCUUUUUGGUUUCAUGAUACAUUGUAGAUAAUGAACUUGGUCAUAGAGUGAGUCAUUGAAUUCAAGAGGGACAUGCACAACUUAGAGGUAAUGUCUUAAUGUGUAUAGUGGCAGAUUUUACUACAAUAAUACAUCAAUGCCCAUUAUGUCUGAACUCUGAAGAUCACCCGGAAGCUUAAACUGAGCAAUAUUUUCGUCCAUUAAUAUAUUAGUAGCUUUUUAAAGGUAUCAAGGUAAUGUACUGAGAAUAUAUUUGGGGAACCAAAACAUUGAUCCAAUACAGACAGAAAGCUCCAUGUUGGAUACAUUCAAACUAAGUGCAUCUGUGCACUCCUUUCCAAGGCAACACUCUCCAGCUUUUGUUGCAAUAAAAAAAUCAAAUCUGCAGUUUCUUCUAAUGAUUAUUAAAGGCUGGAGAUAGUGCUGAGAGGCUGUGCAACUAAUCGUAAAGAUUUUGAGUUAUUAAAAAAAAAAAAAAAAGCCUCAUUCUCUGGGGAUGAACCCUUCAGAAAUGCUUAGUCUGCUCUAACUGUAUGAGUAUGAGUGUAGAAUCUAUCACCUGAUCAACUUUAACCGUCACCAGGGAAUUAUGUGUUGCUAAAUAUUCUUAUCUUGUGUGGAAUUUAAAGAUAUUACUUAAAUUGGCACUCUAGGGCGUUGCAUAAUCCUAACCUCUGAGCACAACAGGAUUUAGAGAAAAUUGCAUGUGUGACAACAAGAUGAACCCUUUCACCAAUUCAAGCUCUUCCUCAAUACAUUCUAUGUUAGUGCCCAGAAUUGUUUAUUGCAGCAUGGCUCUAUUCUGCCAAUAUUAAUUUGGCAGACCAAACUAGCUUUUAAGAGAUUUAGCUUUUAUGUCAUUAUGGGCUUUCAGGUGUGCUGCAAUGGAACUCGUGUCUUUGUUCACCGAGACAUCCUGGAGAAAUUCACUGAAUCUGUGGUGAAGAAGGUGAAAACAAUUAAAAUUGGAGAUCCUCUCUUGGAAAACACAAGGAUGGGGCCUCUAAUCAACCGUCCCCAUAUGGAAAAAGUUCUUGGAUUUCUUAAAACUGCUAGGGAGCAGGUAAAACAAAUUGGACAUCUGUUUACUUCUAAAACCUGCUAUUAGGAUACGUAAAGCUACGUAAAAGAUCCAAACAGUGCUUAAUACCCAUAUGGUAACUCCCAUUCUUGAACUUCCUGCUUGCUGUAACUAUCACCUCCCAUAAUGCCAUAUGAUUCCUGCUAUACUUUUCUCAAGAUUCCAUUUACGGUUUUACUACCGUAACUUGCUGAGUGAGCUGCCCUUAUAAGAGUAAAAUCUAAAACAAUGUAAAAUGUUCUUUUAUAUUUGUUGUUUUUUUUCUUUUCUAAUAAUUUAGGGUGCCAAAAUACUGAUUGGUGGAGAACCUUACACCCCUGAAGAUCCUAAACUGAAGGGAGGUUAUUACAUAUCCCCCUGUGUAUUAGGUAUAAUUUCCCCAUAUCAUGUGCUUUUGUAUGUGAAAAUGCAAAAAUAUUACAUUGUUACAAGCUAACUAAAAAAAAAAAAAUCAAGAUUGGAUUGUUUUGUGAAAAAAAAUAAGAUGGUCCUGCAAGCACUUCAAAGUUAUACACUCUCCUAAACAGAAAAAGAUAGAGAUAAUGAAGAAUAUUGAGUUUUCUAUCCGAGUUAACCACUAAAAUGUGAACAGUUAGGAAUUCCAAGUGAAUUUUAAAUGUUAGCCCAAAUUAAAGGGACUCUCCAGGCACCCAGACCACUUCUGCCCAUUGAAGUGGUCUGGGUGCCAACCCCCACUACCCUUAACCCUGCAAGUGUAAUUAUUGAAGUUUUUAUAAACUGCAAUAAUUACCUUGCACGGUUAAAUCCUCCUCUAGUGGCUAUCUAUCUCAUCAUAUGCACAUGUCUACUGUGUAAUAAACCUCAUGAAUACCAAAGUACUUUUCAAACAUUGCAUUAAAAAAAAAAAACAGUACAGGGUAAUUUAAACAGAGUCUUAGCGCUUAGAGCUUGCUAGCAUAUAUAUGGGGUUAAGUAUGACUCCCAUAUUACUGUAAAGGAGAUAGACCUUUAAGCUCCUGUAUGUCAGGUAGGGGCAUAUCUACUAAACAUAAACUAGUGACUGGGCAGCCAUUGCUGUCCAAUUGCUAGAAUGGCCCCAUCUCAUCUUAUGCACAUGUCUACUGUGUAUUAAACCUCAUGAGUACCAAAGUACUUUUCAAACAUUGCAUUAAAAAAAAAACAGUACAGGGUAAUUUAAAUACAAUUUUAGAUUUUAAACAUCAAUGCCAAGUCUUCCUAAUUUCAUGACCUGCUAAAUUUUAAUACUUCUGUUUUUUCCCGUACCUCUCAAUUUAUCUUCACGUCCAUUCCAAUUUCCACUUCCUUUUUCUCAAACACUCCUUUCAAGUCUAGCUCGUCCACCUUAAAAUGACAAAGGUUGGAUAUUGAAACCUUAAAUGAACCAGUCAUGUCAUGCAUAGUGAUUUUGUAUUUUCUGUGUCCAUGUAUAGCAUUAUGACAUGUCAGUACAUUAAUGGGAAAGAAGUAUGAACAUAUAAGUGAACAUAAUAAAUUUGCACUAUGUGAUAGGUUUGUUUUUUCAUGUUUUUUUUAAACAGGCAACUGCAGGGAUGACAUGACGUGUGUUAAAGAGGAGAUUUUUGGCCCAGUUAUGUCUAUCCUGUCAUUUGAAACAGAGGAAGAGGCUUUGGAAAGGGCCAACAAUACCACCUAUGGAUUGGCUGGAGGAGUAUUCACCAGGUUUGAGCAAUGCUUAUAUACUGUUUAAAGGGACACUAGAGGCACUAAAACAACUUUAGCUUUAUGAAGCAGUUUUGAUGUUUAGAUCAUGCCUUUGCAGUCUCACUGCUCAAUUAUCUGCCAUUUAGGAGUUAAAUCAUUUUGUUUAAGCAGCCUUAGUCACAACACCCUGCAUGUGACUAGCACAGCCCUCCUAAACAGUUCUUGUAAAGUUCCUAUAAUGCUUUAACCUACUUCAUUGCACAGUCUGUUUCAUCUAGAAUUUCUUAUCUCCUGCACUGUUAAUGGCCUGCUAGAUCUUGUCUGAGCCUUCUGUGUGUGAUUAAAGUCCAAUUUUCAGAGCAGUUAAAAAAAAUAAUCCUCUAAAGUAACUUAACAUCUGAUUGAAAAAAUUUAACACAUUUUUUCCAUGCAGGCUGUGUCAAUCCCAGCCAGGCUUGGACAGAAACAAAAGUGAUUUAAUUCAUAAAGGCCAGAGAAUUUAGCAGUGACACUUCAGAAGUGUGAUCUAUACACUAAAUCUGCUUUAUUAAGCUAAACUUGUUUUAGUGACUAUAGUGUCCUUUAAGUCUACUCUGACACAUUUUUAUGUUAAAACUGCUACACUUGAGACAUUAACUAUGUAUGGUUUGGCAGGGGUAGGUAGCAUCAGCAUUCUAGCAAGCAGCCUCCUUACCUGCUUCUUUCCUGGCUGCAUAUAAUGUAGUCUCAUAAUUAUAGACCGGUGUCAUAUUACGCCUGAUGCAAAUCCAAGCUCCCUGAUGUAAAUCCAAAUAGUAGUGUUUUUAAUCAUGCAUAGCACCAAAAGCUAGUAAACCAAUUCUUGUUUGCUUCACAGAUCUUGAAUAAAAUAAUAGACAAAGGCCAAUUCUUGGUAGAAAAUAUUUGACAAAAAAAGAAAAUAUCUAACUGUUCUUAUAGGAAGUUUUGGCUGUACCCUCAUUAUUUGCUAUUGUUAUCAUAACUCACAUUAUUAUUACACGUACGAUAAUAACACUCACUUUAUUGAUCAUAUCACUUUAAAAAAAAAAAUGCAAAAAAAAAAAAUAUUUAUAUUUAUAGAGAGAGAUACUAAAUACAUUGUUAAACACAUUUCUGCACACACCAGCCAUAAGACUUGCUUUUUUCCCACAUAAAUCUCAAAUUUGCAGUGCUGUUACUACUGCAAGGGAUUCUGGGUGGGCAUCAUAGGCGUGCGCACAGGGUGUGCCGGGUGUGCCUAUGGAGUGAGACCGGCAAGGGAGAUCUCAGGAUAUCCCCUGUCGGCUCAUGCAGAGCUAUCCGAUUGCCGGCUCUGAUCUCAGUCUCCCUCCCCACCGGUCCACAUGCAGGGAAGGAGGCAGGAGAUGACCCGGGGAGCUCUUGCCAGCAGCUCCGCCGGGUUCCUCUCACGAGAUCUGAGCGUUGCCAUGGCAACGCUCAAAGCUCGCGAGAGUGAACUCUAGCCCCGCAGGCUAGAGUUCACUCUCCACUGGACCACCAGGGAAGGCAGCAGCAUGGUCCCCCUCCCUACAUAAGGUAACAAGGGAGAGGGGAUAUUAACUGAUCUGCCCCCACCUCCACUGGACCACCAGGGAAGGCAGCAGCAACAAGGAUCUCCCCUCCCUACAAAAGGUAAGAAGGGAGGGGGGAUAUUUAUUAACUAAUCUGCCCCCACCUCCACAACCACAAAUCACCCAAACAUACAGCACCCACACACACACACAGCACCCUCACACGCACAACACCCUUACACACAUACAGCACCCUCACACACAUACAGCACCCACACACACAAACAGCACCCUCACCCACACAGCACCCUCACACACAUACAGCACCCUCACACACAUACAGCACCCUCACACAUAUACAGCACCCUCACACAUAUACAGCACACACAGCACCCUCACACACAGCACCCACACACAUACAGCACACCCACACACAGCACCCACACACAGACAGCACCCUCACACAUACAGCACCCUCACCCACACACACACACAGCACCCUCACACGCACAACACCCUUACACACAUACAGCACCCUCACACACAUACAGAACCCACACACACAAACAGCACCCUCACCCACACAGCACCCUCACACACAUACAGCACCCUCACACACAUACAGCACACACAGCACCCACACACAUACAGCACACCCACACACAGCACACACACACACAGCACCCACACACAGACAGCACCCUCACACAUACAGCACCCUCACACACACACAUAAACAGCACCCUCACACACAGUACACUAACAGCACCCUCACAAACACACACACACAUAAACACCCUCACCCACAUAGCACACUACCAACACACUCACACACACAUCACACUAAUAGCACUCUCACACAGCACACACAAACGUGUGUGUGUGUGUGUGUAUAUGUAUAUAUAUAUAUAUAUAUAUAUAUAUAAAUAUACACAUACAUACAUACAUAUACACGCGGCGUGUGUUUGUGCUUUAGGGUGCACACCCUAAUGCAAAAGGCUGCGCACGCCUAUGGUGGCCAUAUGCAGAUUAGUUCAACAAAGAACCACCUUUUUGCCUAAUUUAUUUAAUUUUAUACAUGGAUUCCGUGGAGUUUGUCAGCUGUACACAACAGCUUUUAAAACGCAAUGCAGGAAAAGGUGCAAAGCCAGUGAACCACUCAUGAACAGCUGAUAUGUUGGUUACUGGUUUGCUAUUAAGGCUUGGAGUUACUUGUGGAGCACAAACCAAUAGCGUUAUGAUGGGGAAAAGGUGAUUGAAAACUCGUUCCACCUGAAGUCAGUGGAUAGUCACUACAUUGUUAAACACAUAUCUUUAUACACAAUACAUAUAUAUAUAUACAUAUAAUAAUGCUACUCCCACCUAUCUAUCCUCCCUAAAAACUCACUUUUUCACAAAAGCAUAUCAAUGGCUCUAAAACCCCACACUAAGUCUUCAUUGAAUACUAUUCUAUCAAUCUACUUCCCUUACCUUUUUGUGUAACUUUACCCUACUCCCUCUAGCAUGUAAGCUCAUUGAGCUCAACCCCUCUGUUUCUGUGUGUCAAACUUGUCUGGUUACAAUUACAUGUUUGUUAGUCCACCCAUUGUAAAGCGCUAUGGAAUUUGUUGGCACCUUUUAAAUAUAAUAUAAUGCCCAGGCAUUUCUUUCCCAUUAGUGACAUCCAACGUGCACACAGAGUGGCUGCUGCUCUGCAGGCUGGAAUGUGCUUUAUAAACAACUACAAUGUAAGCCCAGUGGAAUUGCCAUUUGGAGGAUAUAAGAGGUCUGGUAAGUACAAUCUUCUCGGCAAGGUCUUGUGUCUGUAUUUAAUAAUAAGGAAAAAAGAGGGAUGGAACAGCGCUAUCCAAAUGGAUCACAACGGGGAGGGGGAGGCUGCACACCUGAAAGGAAGGGUAACCGUCAAAACCCUUCAAAGGACUGGAAAAACAGGAAACAACAAUUACAGGGUGCGCCAAGAACAAAGUAAAUAAAUAAAAUGUAUAACAGGGAAAAAAAAAUACCAGGGAAACAGACAAAUUAAAGUCUCUAAUUCACAGGUAUAUUCUUCAGAAAUUCUCAGGACGUCUUGGGUUAAGUUCUCAUCAGCAUAUAUGAAAGAAAAAAACACUCAGAGGGGACCAAUGGUGCAGUAACUUAACCCCUGAAGGACCAAACUUCUGGAAUAAAAGGGAAUCAUGACAUGUCACACAUGUCAUGUGUCAUUAAGGGGUUAAAGGAGUAUGGCUACAGACAACACUGAGAUUAAGAAAUGCCAACUCACAUUUAUGGGAGCUAUAACCAGCUCGAGUUAAAAAAGCAUACAGUGGUAUUUAAAGAUUUUCAGUGCAGGUUAUAUGAAAUAAAAACACCCAUAGUGCUCUCUAUAUUAAAAAUGUGCUGGAGAAAAUAAGAGAUGUACUUACAAUUUACAGAGCAGACAAACCGCUCUGUGUAAAGCGCCUGGGUGGUACGAUCCCCACCAUGGAUUAUUUGGAUGGUAUAGGUGUUUAGGAUAUGCCAGGUAAAAAAACAAGGAUAAAUAUAAAAGUAUUUAAAAUAGUCAAAAAAAUUAUUUUAUUUAGAUUAAAACAACGCGUUUCGCCACAAAGGUGUACACUUGAAGAAGCCCUUUGUGGCAAAACGCAUUGUAUUUUAAUCUAAAUAAAAGUAUUUUUUUGGACUAUUUUAAAUACUUUUAUAUUUAUCCUUAUUUUUUUACCUGGCGUAUCCUAAACAUCUGAAGCUUUUAUACCAUCCAAAGAAUCCAUGGUGGGAAUCGUACAACCCAAGCGCUUUACACAGAGCGGUUUGUCUGCUCUGUAAAUUGUGAGUACAUAUCUUAUUUUAUCCAGCACUUUUCUAAUAUAGAGAACACUAUGGGCCUUCUCUUGUGUUUUUAUUUCAUAUAAACUGCACUGAAAAUCUCGUGAGAGGAAUAUCCUACAUGUGGGGAGUUUAAAUAUCACUGUAUUCUGUUUUAACUCAAGCUGGUUAUAGCUCCCAUAAAUGUGAGUUGGCAUUUCUUAAUCUCAGUGUUGUCUGUAGCCAUACUCCUUUAAGUUACUGCACCAUUGGUCCCCUCUGUGUGGGGACUUGACCCAAGACGUCGUGAGAAUUUCUGAAGAAUAGACCUGCGAAUUAGAGACUUUAAUUUGCCGGUUUCCCUGGUUAUUUUUUUUUUUUCCUAUUAUACAUUUUAUUUAUUUACUUUGUUCUUGGCGCACCCUGUAAUUUGUUGUUUCUUGUGUCUGUAUUUAGCAGCAGCUCUAUUCUGUUCCAGCUCUCCGUAAUAUAAGCCUGGGAGAAUCAUGUGCAAUUAGUGAAGUACAAUAACAAAGUGAAUUCAGUUAUCAAUUUAAUAUUUUUGGCAAGAAUAGCCAAACAAUCCAUAAUUCGGGGCCCCAGCAUGAUACGGGCUCGUCUUAUGCGGUAUGCAAACAAUCCAUACAUUGGGGCUCCUGCAUGAUCCAAGCUCCUCAUCUUAUGUGGUAUGUUUUUCCUCUGUUACCACGCAUAAUCAAGGUUCUCAUAUUAGUUUCCUCAGGGAGCAUAGGUAAAAUAAUGACAUUAUGGCUCUGCUGAUUUCUAAGGCAUAUAUAAUACCACAGACAACAUUAUACUUCAUGGCAGACCAUGGAUGCCCCCUACUCCUCACAGAGAUCUGUGAAACCUCAGUCCUCUACGCCAGGAGAUGGUUUGGGCCAAACACCUGAGCCUCCAGCACUUCUCUCAUCACUAGUGUAAUUUAUUCCUGUCAAAUUCUUGGCAACAUAACCUCCCACACGGUGCACCCUGUUUUCCUUGUGAUGUAUAAUAGGCAUUAAGCAGUGUUAUAUUGUUUUAUGCAUUGUAUGAAUCCUAUACAACUUAAAACCAUAUUACAAAUAAUUAACAGUUCGAAAUUACUAGAAUUUGUGUACAAUAAACAGUGAUGUGCUCAUUUAUGUCCAUUCAGAGUUACAAGUAAUUUCCUUUUUACACAAUACAAAUGUUAUCAUGGAAUAGGCUUUUGCUUAUUGGAGGUUUGUAGUACAUUGGAAUGCUGUUAAUUCUAUUGAAUUCUGUGUUUGCAGGUUUUGGCCGGGAGAAUGGGCAAGUUGCCAUUGAAUACUACUCCCAGCUCAAGACAGUCUGUGUGGAGAUGGGGAAAGUUGAGUCGGCUUUCUAGAUGUGGGCAUGCUCAUAUUCUCUGAACACGAUCUUAAUACUGCUAUGAGAUAGUAUGACAAAUUCACCUUCCCAGUAAUGUUUCAUAGGUCUAAAAAAGUAGUAAUCAAGUUAUAUUCAAUAAACCCAAAUUGUAGAGAAUUGACUAGUGUGUUAUAAAUUUUAUAUCAAAACAGAACUGGAUAAUGUUUCCAUCUUGGCCUAAAAUGCCCGGCUCGUGUAGUCAGCUCCACACAGUUUUUACUUUAUGAACCCCAUUGAUUUUACCCUCUCGUGAUUUAUAGGAUGAGGAGCAGCUCCUUGCUUUCAGAGUGACAUCUGGACCAUAGGCUGUUUAACAGUCUAUCUUGUCAGACACUUUAACCCACUUAGAAUACUCUUAUUUUGCUAAAAUGCACAUUUUAUUUUUGGAAGUGCAAUUCAAAUAAACAGUAUACAAUUUUCCAAUGGUUUCUGUGUGCACUAUCCUUGUCUCUCUGUUCACAUACCUGGUGUUUGAAGUUUAAGCUCAGCAUUUGCUACUAAACUGUAAAUAAGACACUAUAUUCAUUCCAUUAUUGCAAUAGAGUACUGAAACCGGGUAACACAUACAGGGAGGUGGGACUAGACUUGAAUAAACAAAGUGAUUUAAUUCUUAUGACAGAUGAUUGAUCUAUACUCCAAAACCGCUUUAUUAAGCUAAAAGUUGUUUUUGUGCCUAUAGUUUCGCUUAUUACACAAACAUAUGGAGAUAAUUUUUUCUAUGUGAUCUGAUACAAAGUUAUCAAACAAAGUGAUUUUUAAGAUUUUUAAUUAGAAAAUACAAAUUUGUGAUGGCAAAAUUUAAUUAAAGACUUGUAGGCCCUGGCAAAUGCACUCCUUUAAGUGAGGAGGGACAUAGAACAGGGGUUUGAACAAUACGGACUGGCUUCUUUUUGAAAGAAUCUGGUCCCAUCUUUCAAGUGAUUCCACAUUCAACACCAAGUCUUCGGGUGCAAUGACCAACCAAGCAAUUUGAAGGCUGAGCAGAAAGUAGUACCCAAGAGACCCAAAAGAGCAAAUGAGCCAAUUGCACCCCUCGUCCGUUUGCUGGGAUCUAAUAAUAAUUAUUAAAACAAAGAAAAGUAAUUUUCCAUAUGAUCAAUAUUGAGAUGUGUACAUUUAGAAUAGAAAAAAUAAAU